ACCAAUCCAAAGCAACCUUUCAUGGCCGUGAACAACUCAAGACGCUGAACGCCGAACGUAAGCUCAGUCUAACUCAAGACUUUACCGUGAGUAGCAAAUCGCGCCCAAACACGACAUCGUGGAGUGAUAGGGCCUCUUAUGCCCUGGCCCGAACUGCCAUGGCUACUGCAAAAAUGAAGUUAAUACUUCCACUAGUCGUUUGGAUAACGUGGCUGAACACAACGACUGCCCAAUCCUUCGGUGGGAUUGGAUUCGGUAUUAAACAAGAAGUUUUUUUUUUAAAUCUCGAGGACGGAUAUUUCGGUUGUCAAGUUAACGAGUCGACGGACGUUUUACAGUUAUUCGAAUUAUCAAAAUUAUGUGACGGAACGCCGAACUGCUAUCUUGGUUCCGAUGAGCUAACCAAAGAACUCAAAUGUACAGAUAAUUGCCGGAAAAACGAUCACUGCCAAAAAGAUGGCUGCCAUAAUGGUGCAUGUUUGGAUGGACAAUGUUACUGCAACGACGGAUUCGGAGGUUGCAGUUGCGAAGUUCCAGACGAAAAUGAAUGUAAAUACAGACCUUGUGACGUUUUUGCACACUGUACCAACAGUCUCGGAAGUUUCCACUGCACCUGCUUUCCAGGUUAUCAAGGAAAUGGUUUCCACUGCGAGGAUAUUAAUGAAUGCGACGAUCCCGCAGUGGCAGCCAGAUGCGUGGAAAACUCAGAAUGUUGCAAUUUACCGGCACAUUUCUUAUGUAAAUGUUUACCAGGUUACGAGGGAGACGGAGAAGUUCAAUGUUUCGAUAUCGACGAAUGCCGUAACCCUAACGCUUGUGGUCCUAACGCUAUAUGUCAAAACACACCUGGAAACUACACUUGCGUUUGUCCUGAAGGUUUCCACGGUAAUCCUUUCACAGGAUGCAACGAUUUGGACGAAUGUCAACAUCCGCACGCUUGUGGACCCGGUGCCAUAUGUCAAAACGUUAUUGGAGGUAGAGAAUGUUAUUGUCCACCAGGUUAUGAAGGUGACGCUUACACGACGGGUUGUGCAGAUACUGAUGAAUGCUCUAGAUCGAAUCCGUGCGGUAGAAACGCUCUUUGCGCAAAUUUAGACGGAAGUUUUAAAUGUACCUGCCCGCCAGGGUUCAUCGGAAAUCCGUUGACUGAAUGCUCAGAUAUUAACGAAUGCGAUUCAUCGCCUUGCGCCCCCGAAGCGACGUGUCUCAACUCUAACGGCAGCUAUUCAUGCUUGUGUCCCGAGGGAUAUACGGGCGCGGGCUUACUUAACGACGAUUGCCGAGAUAUCAACGAAUGCGAUCGAGCGAGCGCUUGCGGCAUUAACGCCCGCUGCAUUAAUGUACCCGGAUCCUACAAAUGCAUCUGCCCGCAGGGUUUCACCGGACAGGGACAUACUUACUGCGAAAAUAUAAAUGAAUGCUCCAACAAACCGUGCGGAGCUAACGCCGUUUGCAAAGAUACAGUAGGUAGUUUCGUCUGUAGCUGUAAAGAAGAUUUUACCGGAGAUCCGAUUCAAGGGUGUGUGGACAUUGAUGAAUGUACAACAUUGGAAUUACCUUGUGGAAGUCACGCUAUCUGCGAAAAUACAAGUCCGGGGUAUAACUGUAAAUGUCCCCAAGGAUACCAAGCCAAUCCCAAUCCAAAAGUAGCCUGCGAACAGAUUGACGUUAACAUACUAUGUAAAUCCAAUUUUGAUUGUACGAACAACGCCGAAUGUAUAGAAAAUCAAUGUUUCUGUCAAAAAGGUUUCGUCGCAAAAGGAUCAGUUUGCGUCGAUGUAGAUGAAUGUACAACGAAUCCAUGUGGACCGUUUUCAGUUUGUACUAAUACAAUCGGAAGUUUCACUUGUGGUUGCGAAAAUGGUUAUAUUGGAACACCGCCAAAAAUUCAAUGUAAAGCUCCUUGCGAUGAUAUAUCUUGCGGAGAACAUUCUUUCUGUAAGCCGGACGGUAACGAAGCUUACUGCAUUUGCGACGAUGGAUAUAACUUUAAUCCUAAUGAUAUUUCUUUGGGUUGUAUAGAUAUUGACGAAUGCGACACGGUAAUUGGUCCAAGUGGACGAUGCGGAGAAAACGCAAUAUGUACAAAUCUUCCGGGUACUUUCGCGUGCCAAUGCAAACCGGGUUUUUCGGGCAACCCUAACAGCCAAUGUAAUGAUAUAAACGAAUGCUCGAAUCAAGAUUCAUGUGGUUCGAAUGCUAUUUGUACUAAUCUACCAGGUUCUUAUAUUUGCGAAUGUCCUGAAGGUACCAUACCAGAUCCGGAUCCAAAAACUAAAUGUAACGAGAUAGUAACCUGUAAUACCGAUAUAGAUUGUCCAGGAAAUGCUAUUUGUGAUAAAAAGAAACGAUGUUUAUGCCAGGAACCGAACAUCGGCAACGAUUGUAGACAUCCAUGUGAAACUACAAUUUGCGGUCCAAACGAAGAAUGCAUGCUGAUAAAUCAAGAAGCAAAAUGUAUAUGCAGCUCAGGCUUCACAGGUUCCGGCGUAGGUUGCGUAGACAUAGACGAGUGCGCUGGUAGCCCAUGUGCUUUAGGUGCUAUAUGUAAAAAUGAGCCGGGCGCUUUUUCUUGUCAAUGCCCCGGAGGAAUGAUCGGCGAUCCGUUCACAACGGGAUGUUUGAAAAGUAAAAGGCCAACCCAAUGUUCCGAUACCAAACCUUGUCCGAUUGGAGAACAAUGCAUUUUGGACGAGUACCUAAACGAAAACGUCUGUAUUUGCGUCCAAGGAUACGUUAGAGAUAAAAUAACUGGAAAAUGUAGAGAUAAUAACGAGUGUACUGAAUUGAAGGAGAAACCGGCUUGUGGUAUAAACGCUCUUUGUAAAAAUUUACCUGGAAGUUAUGAUUGUCAUUGUCCGCCUGGAUAUAACGGAAACCCUUUUCUAGAAUGUUUGGAAUGCAACAGUCCCGAUUGUCGCUGCCAACCCCCUUACAAACUGUUCGAUGGAAAUUGUGUAUUAGAUAGCUGCGGACCAGACGGGUCCUGUCCAAGUGGUGCUGAAUGUAUAACAAUCACAGGAGGUGUCAGUUACUGCGCCUGUCCAAAAGGGUACAAAACUCUCCAAGACGGCUCUUGCGUCGAUAUAAAUGAAUGCGCAGAACAACAGAUUUGCGGAUACGGCGCAGCUUGCGUUAACACUCAAGGAGGUUAUGAAUGUCAUUGUCCUAAAGGUUAUACAGGCGAUGCAUACACUGGACAAUGCUCUCCGGCUCAAAAAAAAUGUAUCAGCGACAAAGAAUGUUCGACUAAUGAAAAAUGCGUCCAACCAGGCGAAUGUAUCUGUUAUCCUCCUUUUUUCACCGAUCCAAAAGAUGGUAACAAAUGUAAGAGUCCAUGCGAACGAUUCGUUUGCGGUAUUAACGCCCAAUGCACUCCUUCUGAUCCUCCGAGGUGUAUGUGCGAGCCAGGCUUCAAAGGAGAUCCGUCUCAAGGUUGUACAGACGUCGAUGAAUGCGAAGACAAUCCUUGUGCUUACGGAGCAAAUUGUAUCAAUCAAAAUGGUGGAUACAAAUGCGUCUGUCCCAAAGGCAUGACAGGAGAUGCUUACAAAGGUGGUUGUAUUUUAGAAGAACCCGGUACUGUUAAAUCUGAAUGUCAAUAUGACGAAGAUUGUGCAGGAAAUUUGAGUUGUCAAGAUAAUACUUGCGUUAGUUCUUGUGCUACAGUACUCUGUGGAAACCACGCCGUUUGCUAUGCCGAAAAUCACAAGGGAAAGUGUAAAUGCAAAGUUGGAUACGAGAAAAAUAGCAGAGGACAAUGCGUAUCAGCUUGCGAAGGAUUUAUUUGCGCCCCCGGAGCUCAAUGUAUCCUAACUUCGAACGGUCCAACCUGUAAAUGUUUAGAAGGACUUCUAGGAAAUCCUUUCCCUGGAGGACAAUGUUCAACUGACGUUUGUUCUAAAAAUAACCCUUGCGAAGAGCCAAAUAUAUGCAUCAAUGGAAGAUGUAGACAAAGAUGUCAAGGAGUCGAAUGUGCUGUUGGAGCUCAUUGCGACAACUCUACAAAUAAAUGCGUUUGUGACCACAUGUUUGACGGAAAUCCUUACCUUCUCUGUAUGCCGACAAUUGAAAGACCCGAAUGUCAUCCAUCUUGUGGAAAAAAUGCACAUUGUGAAUACGGUCUAACCAACCAGUGCGUCUGUAAUACAGGUACAAUCGGAAAUCCGUACGAAUUAUGCGAAAGAAUCGAAAAGAAAACGUGUCAACCUAAUUCUUGUGGUAGUAACGCUUCUUGUAAGGAAACGAUAAAUAGUAUCGAAUGUACUUGCGGUCGAGGAUUUACCGGCAAUCCUUAUAUCUCUUGUGAAGACAUCGACGAAUGUAAUAGUAAAGUAUGUGGCAACAGCGCCGUUUGUAUUAACACUCCAGGCAGUUUCGAUUGUCGAUGUAAAGAAGGUUACGCGGGAAAUCCGUUCGUUAUGUGUUCCCAAGUUCAAGGAGGUAUUUGUAGAGACCCCGAAGAUUGUCAAUGUAGUAAUAAAUUGUUAUGUCCUAAUGAAUAUACCUGUGAAAGAGGACAGUGUCAAAAUCUUUGUAAAGAUGUAAAAUGCGGACCAAAAGCUGCUUGUCAAGGCGGUAAAUGUGUUUGUUCGGAAAAUUACAAAGGCGAUCCGACGGAUCUUAUCAACGGUUGUCACCCAGAGGGACACUGCGAUAAUAAUUUAGAUUGCAACGAUAGUCAAAUUUGUUUCCAAUCAAAUAAAGGAGUUAGGAAAUGUGUAGACGCUUGCAGUAAAGUCCAAUGCGGACCGAACGCUCUAUGUUUAGCUCAAAACCACAAAUCUUCAUGCAUCUGCGCACCUGGUUACAACGGAAAUCCGGGCGAUCUUGAAUACGGUUGUCAAUUAGAAGAAAGAGUCAAUAAAAGAAUAUGUAAAAACGACGCCGAUUGUAGUUUCGGUACUAUUUGCGCAGUAGACGUUACGGGUAUACAAAAAUGUAUCAGUCCUUGUGAAACCGUAGCGUGCGGACCUAACGAAAUGUGUCAAUUAGACGUAGGAGGACAUCCGACUUGCGCAUGUCGCGAAGAAUAUAUAUGGAACCCGGUGACUUCGGUUUGCGAAAAACCUUCAAUUUCCGAUUGUAAAUCUGACGAUGACUGUAAACCCGUAGAAGCUUGCCAACCAGAUGCUAUCGGAAUCCUCAAAUGUACUCACGCAUGCACUCACUUUACUUGCGGGGAAAACGCAGCUUGUGUAGCCGAAUCACAUAAAGCGCAAUGUCAAUGCUUGGACGGUUAUACGGGUAAUCCCAAUGAUCGAGAUGGUUGCGUACCUCUUCUACAAAAUAAAUGCUUCACGGAUACACAAUGCCCCGAACAAGAAACUUGUAAGAAACACUCCGAACAUAAUGUACUGAUGUGUAUACCGGCUUGCCAACAAAUCACCUGCGGUCCAAAUGCUAUUUGCGUUGUUAACAAUCACGUACCACAAUGUCAGUGUCCGACAGGACAGUACGCAGGUGAUCCUAACGAUCUUAGCAAAGGUUGUAAUCUAGUACCGUGCGUCUACAACAUCGACUGUUUACCGACGCAAUUAUGCAACCGAAUGACACAUAGCUGCACUUACAUAUGCGACGAGGAAUCUUGUGGAACUAACGCAGUAUGUAUAGCUGAAAAUCACAAAGCUACUUGUCAAUGUCCACCGAGUACUACCCCCAAUCCUACAGCUGAUAUAGAAUGCGUUACAAUUGACGUCUGUAAACCAAAUCCCUGUCACUCCAGCGCAAUAUGUAGACCGACAGCUGGAGGAUAUAGUUGCUCUUGUCCACCAGGUACUAUUGGAGAACCGAACGUAUCCGGUUGUAAAAAAGAAGGUACUUGCUUAAAAGAAGAUAAUGAGUGUCCACCAACAUCUGUAUGCAAAAAUGGUAAAUGUAUUAAUCCUUGUGAAGAUACUACUUGCGGUCCCAAUAGCGUUUGUUCUGUCGAAAACCAUCAAGUCGUGUGCACUUGCUUAGCUAAAUAUAUUCCAGCUAAAGAUGGUUGCGUACGUAUUUCUACAUCUUGUGAUAACGACAACGAUUGUGGCGAAGAAGUUUGUAUCAAUAAUCAAUGCAGGGCGAUUUGUAGGAGCAACAAAGAUUGUUUAGUAGGGGAAACUUGUUAUCACAACACCUGCGUAGUGAGUUGUACGGAUCAUAGUCAAUGUUCCAUAGAUCAAGCGUGUGUUAACAAUACUUGCAUCAUCGGUUGUCGUAGCAAUAAAAACUGUCAAUCGAAACAUGCUUGCAUUAACAAUAAAUGCCAAGAUCCCUGCGAAAAAACUGAUACUUGCGGACCGAAUUCGAUCUGUUCCUGUCAAGAUCACAAAACUAUAUGUAAAUGUCCCGAAGGAUUCGAGGGAAACCCAACACCUCAACAAGGAUGCAUCAGAAUACCGUCUAUUUGCCAACAAGAUUCUCAGUGUGCGAAAGAUCACGUUUGCUCUCGCAACCAAUGCGGAUUAUCUUGUAAUAACAAUAAACAAUGCGCAGUAGGGGAAAGAUGUUACGAAAAUAUCUGCGCAAAAGUAUGCUACAGUGACUCAAAUUGUUUACAAGGAGAAAUUUGUCGUAACGGAGUUUGUCUACCCGGUUGUAUACUAGAUAAAGAUUGUCGACAAUCGCAAGUUUGUAUACAAGAUCAAUGUAAAUGUCCUCCUGGAUUUAUAGAAUCAAUAAACGGUUGCACAGAUAUAGACGAAUGUAAAAAUCAUCCUUGCCACGAUACUGCAAUUUGUAAAAAUUCGCCCGGAUCAUUUUCGUGUACGUGUCCAGAAAAUAAAGUCGGUAAUCCGCUAGAAGAUCCAGGAUGCACGGAAGCGGCUCAAUGCAGACGUGAUUCGCAAUGCGAAGAAAAUUUAGUUUGUAAAAAAGGGAAAUGUAUAGAUCCGUGCGAUAACAACCGCUGUGGACAGAGCGCUAUUUGCAACGUGACCAAGCAUAAAAUUUCUUGUACUUGUCCACCGAAACAUCUUGGAGAUCCGUACGAUUCGAACCUAGGCUGCUUUAAAGUGGAAUGUACUAAAGAUAACGAUUGCGAAUCACAUCAAUUUUGCGAUGAACAUUCCAAUAAAUGCGUCACAACCUGUGACGUGGUUAAUUGCGGUAAAGGAACCUGCUCGAGUGAAGAUCACAAGGCUUUAUGUACUUGUUUACCGGGUUACGCAUUUAACAAAGAUAAAUGUGAAGAUUUAAACGAAUGCGCUGUCUCAAAUCCUUGUCACUCGACCGCUACUUGUAUUAAUACAGACGGAGGAUUUACUUGCGUUUGCGCGGAAGGUUUAGUAGGAGAUCCAUCAACGACAGGUUGCCGUAAACCCGGUGAAUGUUCCGUAGACUCAGAUUGUCCGACUUUAGCAGCUUGUAUCAAUGAUAAAUGUAAAAACCCUUGCGAAAUUCCCGGUAUAUGUGGAUUGAAUGCGGAAUGUAUUCCUAUUGGACAUGUAGCAACCUGCAAAUGUCCUCCGCGCACUAAAGAAGAUGCUAAUCACAAUUGUAUAUCUAUAGAAUGUUUGGACAACAACGAUUGUGCGCAAGAUAAGGCUUGCAUCGAAACGAAAUGUCAAAAUCCUUGUACUGUACCGAAUGUUUGCGGCGAAAAAGCGGUAUGCGUACCAAACAACCAUGUCAGUAUAUGCGCUUGUCAACCGGGUACUACAGGUGAUCCUCGACUCGGUUGUGUAUCCCUACAAUACUGUGGAGAAGAUAAACAAUGUCCUUCCGGACUCAAAUGCUACAACGGACUUUGUAUGUCGAUUUGUACGAACGUAAGAGAAUGUAUACAAGAUCAACUAUGUAUACAAGGUAUCUGUCAACCAACUUGUCAAACUAAUUCCUCUUGUCCUGAUUAUCAAUUCUGUUCGAACAACGUUUGUGUUCAAGAGCAAAAAUGUAAAAACAACCCCGAUUGCGGUAGCGAAGAAAAAUGUGUAACUGAUUCUUUAGGUAGGAGUGAAUGUAUUGACGCAUGCGCAGGUGUUCUUUGCGGAAGAAACGCCGAAUGUACAUCCAAAAACCACAAAGCUUCUUGUCAUUGCAAAACUGGAUUCAAAGGAAAUCCCAACGACGAUAAAAUCGGUUGUCAAGAGAUCGAAUGCGAAACCAGUGAUCAAUGUUCGAACGACAAACUUUGCGAUCAAUACAUGUGUAAAAUCGCGUGUUUGGUAAACAAUCCUUGCGGUAAAAAUGCCUUAUGCUCGGCAGAAAGCCACAAGCAAGUCUGUUACUGCCAACCGGGCUACACCGGAGAUCCUAUCAAAGGUUGUCACAUGAUAGAUUUUUGUAAAGAUAAGCCGUGCGGACCAAACGCCUUAUGCUAUAACUCCAGAGGAUCCUUCAGAUGUCAAUGCCCACUCGGAACUGUCGGAGAUGCUUACAACAACGGUUGUAAUCCUCCUGUUGAGUGUAACAGAGAUUCUGAUUGUCCGGUAAAAACGAAAUGCGACAAAACCAACGGUAUCCACAAGUGUAAAGACGUAUGCGACAAAAAAAUAUGCGGUUCGAACGCUGAAUGCGUAGCACUAGAUCACGCUGGCUAUUGUACUUGUAGAAACGGUUACCAGGGAAACGCGACCGAUCAAAACGUCGGUUGUAAACCUAGGUUGGUUAGCUGUAAAGCAACAUCUGACUGUCCGUCAAACAGUUAUUGUCACGAUGGAGUUUGUAGCCCACCGUGUGAAACUGAUCAAGAAUGUCAACUCACCGAGAAUUGUUUGAAAGGCCAAUGUUUGAAUCCUUGUUCUUUGUCCGCUUCCUGUGGAAUGAACGCUAUUUGUAAAAUGGAGAAUCAUAUCAAAGCUUGUAGCUGUCCGGUUGGAUUUACUGGAAAAGCAGACGUGGAAUGCGUGAGACUUCCAGUUUCGUGUUCUACGAACAAAGAUUGCUCCAACAUCACAAUUUGCAAAGAAAACAUGUGUACGCUACAAUGCAAAGCCGACAACGAUUGCGCUUUUAACGAAAAAUGUCUUAAAGGAAACUGCCAAUUAACCUGUAGAGUAGACAACGAUUGUUUCCUAGGCCACAUUUGCGUCGGCAAUAUGUGCUUACACGGUUGCCACAACGACGACGACUGCACCAGCAGUGAAUCUUGUAGAAAUAACAAAUGUAUAGAUCCUUGCAAAGAGAACCCAUGCGGUCCGAACGCGGUUUGUUCAGUUUCUGAUCACCGGGCGAUGUGCUCUUGCGGAAAAGGUUUAGUACCAAAUCCUUCGGCUACCAUCGGUUGUGUUAGAGCCCCACCGCAAAUUUGUAGAGAAAAUCGUGAAUGUCCUACAGGAAACGCUUGCAUAGAAAGAUCUUGUCGAUUGGUCUGUUCUUCGGAUAACAAUUGCUUGGGUAACGAAAAGUGCGAAGCGUCAACGAAAGUAUGUAAACCGAUUUGCAGACAAGACGCUGAUUGUAGUAACGAUGAAAUCUGCGACGGUUUGGUCUGUGUAGUAGGAUGUAGAAGCGAUACAAAAUGCCCUUCGGAUCAAGCUUGUAUCAACGGAAAAUGCGUUGAUUUAUGCGCCGCACCUACAGCAUGCGGAAUCAACGCUGAAUGCGCUAUAAUUGAUCAUAAGAAAAUCUGCAGUUGUCCUCCACCUCUUACUGGUGAUCCUUUGGAUGGAUGCAAACAUACAGUGAAACUAUGUGAAGGAAAUAGUGAUUGUACCAAAGGAAAUGUUUGUCAUGGAGGAAUAUGUCACACAAGCUGUAAACUGGAUCAUAAUUGUUUAGCUAACGAAAAAUGUAUAAGAGGUGUUUGCAAAACCAUUUGUAAUUCUGACACGGCUUGUAAUGCCAAUCACAUUUGCGAGAAUAGAAUAUGCGAGAUUGGAUGUCGUAGCGAUAGCGUUUGUUCACCUGACAAGGCUUGCAUCGACAACAAAUGUCAAAAUCCUUGCGAAAAAACAACGACGUGCGGAGUUUGCGCGCAAUGUCUAGUAAAUAACCACGUAGCUCAAUGCAGUUGUCCCGUUAACUUUUUAGGCAACCCGCAAAAAUCUUGCUCGCAACCAGCGAUCAAAUGUAACUCCGAUUGCGAAUGUGACGAAGUGGGCGGUUAUUGCACAAAACGGUGUUCGACAAAGGAAGAUUGCGCGUGCGGAGAAUCAUGCGUGAAUAAGAAAUGUCGCAAUAAAUGUUCCGCUUCAACGCCCUGCGCGCAAGGUCAAAUAUGCACGAGAGGCGCUUGUCUACCGGGAUGCAGAUCCAGCAACGAUUGCCCGAAUUCUGAGAUCUGUAAUAACAGAAAAUGCGAAAAUCCUUGUAACGCGAACGCUUGCGGAAAGAACGCUGUUUGCACAUCGGCGGAUCAUAGAAAAGUAUGUCUCUGCCCCGACGGUUACAAAGGAGAUCCAAACAGAUCCUGUAAACCUUUCGAAUGUCGAAAAGAUUCCGAUUGCGAAUCGAACAAAAAAUGCGGCGAAGACGGCGCUUGUAGGAAUCCGUGCUUAGAGAAAAACGCUUGUGGAAUAAACGCUCAAUGUAGAGUAGUUGACCGACAACCACUUUGUACUUGCCCGCCCGGUUACCUCGGCAAUGCACUUAUCGAAUGUAAACAAGGUCGUACCGAAGAAUGUUUAAAGAACCCCUGCGGACCGAACGCCAAAUGUAGGGAAAAAGAAGACGGAGGAUUCGAAUGUGUAUGUUCGACUGGAUGUAUAGGGGACGCUUACAGGGGAUGCGUUUGCGAAGGACAAUUGGUUAAUUUAUGUAAAAAUAAAUUAUGCGGCGCCGGGGCUUUAUGUAGAGUAGUUAAUGGUAAAGACGCUCAAUGUUAUUGUCCACAAAAUAAACCGGCCGGUGAUCCCACGAUCGAAUGUUCUAUUGAGAAAACAACUCCAGAUUGUCGUACUGAAGGUUGUGGCAAAAAUUCGGAAUGUAUUCGAGAGAAUGCAUUCUUCGUUUGCCGUUGUUUGCCAGGAUAUUCAGGUAGUCCUGACAAAGGAUGUAAGCGGGCUGCUGAAUGUAACAGCGACUUAGAAUGCCCUCAAGAUAAAGCUUGCCUCAACUUCCAAUGUGUUAAUCCUUGUACUUUGAGAGGAGCCUGCGGUUUGAACGCCCUCUGCGAGACCAUACUACACAGACCGAGAUGUUCAUGUCCGGAAUGCUACAAUGGUAUCGCUAGUACAGCUUGUCAUCCGGACGAAAAAUGUUUGCAAGUAAACGGAAGACCCAACAAGAUUCACUGUUUGUCCAAUAAUGACUGUUCAGAUAAUUUAGCUUGUGAAAUAGCUACAGGAGAAUGUAUAGAUCCUUGUGAAAAUAAAGCCUUCAAAUGUAGAGGAAAUAAAAAGUGCGAAGUACACCAUCAUAGACCGACGUGUGUGUGUAAGAAAGGUUUUCUGGUAAACGAUAAAGGCGAGAUUUCUUGCGCACCCGACGAUACUGAAUGCUAUCAAGACAGCCAUUGUUCAGACAAGAAAGCGUGCAUCGAAGGUAUCUGUCAAAAUCCGUGUACGGCAACGACCAAAUCGCCAUGCCCACCAGAAAAAAGUUGCGAUGUAUCGAACCACAAACCGGUGUGUAUCUGCUUAAAGAAUUGUACACCUUCACUAUCCAUUUGUCUGAGAGAUAAUGGAUGUCCUGCAGAUCAAAGUUGCAGAGCUUUUAGAUGCGAAGAUCCCUGCAAAACUGCCAAUUGCCCGGAAAAUACUCCGUGCUUCGUGGAAGAUCACAAACCAAAAUGCCAGUACUGUCCUCCAGGUUAUAAAACAGAUCCUAAAUAUGGAUGCGUUAAAGAUGUUCAAUGCCGCUCACAUGAUGAGUGUACUUCGCAGCUAGCGUGUAUAAACAAAAAAUGUCAAAACCCUUGCGCCGUAUCGAACCCGUGUACGCAGUCACAUGACUGUAAAGUACAAGACCAUCAACCAGUAUGUGUUAAAGUAUGCCAGUGCCAAAGGAAUGAAGAUUGUGGAAAUGUUAACUUCCAAUGUGACGGCUGUCAAUGCGUGCCGGGAGAACCUAGAAUACCCCUAUGUACACACUGUCCGCCGGGUUUAUCAUGUGACCCUAUAACAGGAGCGUGCCUUGAGGCCACUUGUGUACGAAACGAAGAAUGCGCCUUAACGGAAGCAUGCAUAGGCAAUAUUUGCCAAAGACCUUGUGACGUCAAAAAUCCGUGCGUACAACACGCCGUCUGUAUCAACACCAAUCACGGAAGCGAUUGUAGCUGCGAGGAAGGUUUCCACGGUAACGGAUACGUUGAAUGCCAAUAUGUUGACAAUUACAAGCCAAUCUGUCAAUAUAACGAAGACUGUCCGCCGAAUAAACUUUGCGAUCGAUUGAACAGAAUUUGUAUCAACCCUUGCGAUGAAGAUUCCUGCGGUGAAAAUGCGGAAUGUCUUCCAAAAGAUCAUGGUAUCGAAUGCCGCUGUCUCCCCGGAUACGAAGGAAACCCCUAUACCUCUUGUUCUGUAACGAUUGGCUGUAGAUCUGACAGUGAUUGUCCCACACAUGAAGCUUGUAUAGGUGGUUUAUGUUCUUCGCCUUGUAAAUGUGGAACAAACGCGAUUUGUGACGUCCUUUAUCACGUAGCAACAUGUAAAUGUCCUCCUGGAUACCAAGGUGAUGCGUUAAUAGCAUGCAGACCUCCAAGAAAUCCUUGUGAUCCAAACCCUUGUGGUCUUAACGCUCUAUGUGAAUUGGAUAAUGGAAACCCGAUAUGUUUCUGCCCGAAAGGGCUAACUGGAAAUCCUUUCAAAAAUUGCAUUCCCGAAGGAGAUGAAUGUUCGCCUAAUCCAUGCGGACCUAAUUCAGGAUGUAGAGUCGUAGGAGGGGACGCCGUUUGUUUCUGUUUACCUGAAUACGAAGGGACACCACCACACGUACCGUGUACUCUACCGGCACAUCCUUGUGAUCCUUCUCCUUGUGGACCCAAUACCCAAUGCGCCGUUCUUAGUAAUGGCUUUGCUAAAUGUACUUGUCUUCCUGGUUUUAUCGAGAGUCCGAAUACAAUUCGAGGUUGUAUCGAAAGCAAAAAUCCGUGCGAACCAAAUCCGUGCGGACUUGGAGCUUUCUGUGAUCCGUUACGAGAACCUAUUUGUUUCUGUCCAGCAGGAAGUAACGGAAAUCCAUUCAGACAUUGUGUUGAACCUAAGGUUAGUCUUUGUACUCCAGGACCUUGUGGUCCGAACGCUGAUUGCUAUAUCGCCAACAAUGCUGAACAGUGUUAUUGUAAACAAGGGUACGUAGGAAACCCUUAUACUGGAUGUAGACUUCAACCGAUCUCGGCUUGUAUACCGAACCCAUGUGGACCGGGAGCUCAAUGUAUUGAUACACCAGAAGGAAAUUUCAUAUGCAGAUGUCCCGAAGGUAUGGGAGGUGAUCCAAAUGGACCCGGAGGUUGUCAUGGAUAUGAAUGUGUUGUUAACGAUAACUGUCCAGAUAAUAAAGCUUGUAUUGGUUACAGAUGUAAAGAUCCAUGUCCGGGGGCUUGUGGUGUAAACGCUUACUGUAAAGUAGAAAGACACCAUCCAAUUUGUACCUGUCAAUAUGGAUUAUUUGGAAAUCCAAUUAUUAGAUGCUACGACUUACCGCAACCUUUACCGGAUAAUCCUUGUUUACCUUCGCCGUGCGGAUCGAAUACAAUUUGUCAAAAUGUUCGCGGACGAGCCGUUUGCUCGUGUUUACCCGAUUUCCAAGGCGAUCCGACCUUAGGUUGUCAGCCAGAAUGUGUACUCAAUUCCGAUUGUCCACUCAAUAAGGCUUGUUUGAAUAGACAUUGUAUAGAUCCAUGCGCCGUAGGUCACUUGUGUGGCGUGCACGCCACUUGUCAGGUUAGAGAUCAUACAGCUACAUGUAUUUGUCCUCAAGGAUUCAUGGGAAAUCCUUUCUAUCAAUGUAUCCCUACACCUAUAAUUUCGGUACCAUCGUAUCCUAAUGUUACUGUACAUCCCUGUACACCGUCACCUUGCAAUAAUAUGGAGUGUAAUACUUGGGGCACUCAAAUCGCUAUCUGUGAUCCAUGUUUAGGACCGGAAGCUCCUUAUAAUCCACAAUGUCGACCCGAAUGUUUGAUUAACGCUGAUUGUCCAUUUGAUAGAGCUUGCUUAGGAUAUACUUGCUCUGAUCCAUGUCCUGGAAGUUGUGGAGUUAACGCUCUAUGCUCGGUUGUCCUACAUACACCUAUUUGUAGUUGUCCAGAUGGAUUGGUCGGUGAUCCCUUCCAGCAUUGUUCUAUUCCUCUACAUCCUGAAACACAUGUGAAAACUUGUGAAGCUACUAGAUGCGGAGAAAACGCUGAAUGUCGACAACUCAACAAAGCUCUUUCGUGUGUAUGCAAGCCAGGAUUUUAUGGCAAUCCUUGGAUUGCUUGUCGUCCUGAAUGUGUAAUAAAUACGGAUUGCCUUCUGAAUAAAGCUUGCAUUAAUAAUAAAUGUGUAGAUCCAUGCGCCGGCGUGUGUGGAGUCGGAGCUCAAUGUGACGUCAUUAACCACAUUCCAAUAUGUUAUUGUCCUCCUCAUUAUACGGGAGAUCCAUUUGUAAGCUGUUAUGAAUUCAGACCGACGAUAGAACCUAUACCAGGACCAAACCCUUGCGAUCCUUCACCAUGUGGACCAUUCAGUAGAUGUCUCAUUUCCCAUCAAGGCUUCGCCACUUGUUCUUGCCUACCAAAUUAUCUUGGAGUACCACCAGUUUGUAAACCGGAAUGCAUUGUCAGCUCAGAUUGUCGUCAAGCUCAAGCUUGUGUAAAUCAGAAAUGUAUUGAUCCUUGUUUGGGAACGUGUGGGGCUAAUGCUUUAUGUACUGUCAUCAACCACAAUCCAAUAUGUAGUUGUACUCCUGGACAACAAGGAGAUCCUUUUGUAGGUUGCUACACUCCACAAACUCCCGAUAUACCAAAAACCAACGAAAAUCCAUGUGUACCAACACCAUGCGGGCCUAAUUCUAUAUGUCAAGUUAAAGAAAAUCAUCCAGUGUGUUCUUGUUUAGCGAAUUACAUCGGUAGCCCUCCAUACUGCAGACCUGAGUGUACUAUUAGUCAAGAAUGUCCGCAAAAUAAAGCAUGCGUUAGAGAGAAAUGUAUUGAUCCAUGUAUAGAGCUUUGCGGUAGAAAUGCUAAAUGUAACGUCAUCAAUCACACUCCAUUCUGCAGUUGCAAACAAGGAUACCAAGGCGACGCUUUCAUAGGAUGUUCGAAAACUCCGGAUAUUCCCAGACCAAUGGAUCCAUGUACUCCAUCACCAUGCGCUGAAAAUUCCCAAUGUACCGUUCAAAAUAAUAUAGCAAGGUGUACUUGCAUUCCACCAUAUAUAGGAAAUCCUUACGUAGGAGGAUGUAAACCAGAAUGUACAAUGAAUUCCGAGUGCGCUAGCCACUUAGCUUGUCUUUCCCAGCAUUGCAGAGAUCCUUGUCAAGGACUUUGUGGAAUCAACGCUGAAUGUUCCGUAAUUAACCACGUACCGGUGUGUGCUUGUGGAAGAGGACUGAUAGGAGAUCCAUUCACUGCUUGUAGACAACAACCUAUUGAAACCGUUGAUCCUUGCGAUCCAUCACCGUGUGGUCCGAACAGCGUAUGCAGAGUUAGAAACGAACAAGCCAUUUGUUCAUGUCAAGUAGGUUAUUUCGGUACACCUCCAGCUUGUAGACCCGAAUGUCUAGUUACUUCGGAAUGUUCAUCUGAUAAGGCUUGUAUCAAUCAAAAAUGUCAAGAUCCGUGCAUCGGUAUUUGUGGUAUAGCAGCGAGAUGUCAAGUACAUAACCACAACCCUAUUUGUAGUUGUCCACCUAACCACAUCGGAGAUCCGUUCCUACAAUGCACUAGGAUAGAAAAACCGAAUAUCUCUCCUUGCGUUCCAUCGCCUUGUGGACCCAACGCAGAAUGUCGUACGCUUGACAACAGAGCUGUCUGUAGCUGUUUACCGAAUAUGUACGGAACCCCACCAAACUGUCGUCCGGAAUGUUUAAUAGACCAAGAUUGUCCUCUCAACUUAGCUUGCGUCGGACAAAAAUGUAAGGAUCCUUGCAAGGGAUCUUGUGGAUUCAACGCGAAGUGCAAUGUCGUAAACCAUCGACCCAUAUGUAGCUGUUUACCAGGAUUUGAAGGCGAUCCUUUCACCGGUUGUAAUGAGCUGCCAGCUUUAGAGGAACCCCCACACCCGUGCAAUCCCUCUCCGUGCGGUUCUAACGCUAUCUGCACUGAACGAAACGGUGCCGGAGCAUGUACGUGUAUCCCAGAUUAUCAAGGAGAUCCCUAUUCUGGUUGUAGACCGGAAUGUGUUUCGAACAGCGAUUGUCCUCAUAAUAAAGCAUGCUCGAAUAUGAAAUGUACAAAUCCCUGCAUAGGAAAUUGUGGUUUAAACGCCGAAUGUACUGUGAUAAACCACAAUCCACAAUGUUAUUGUAUACAAGGUUAUACCGGAAACGCUUUAAUCCAUUGCAGAGAAGUUCCACAAAUAGAACCACCUAGACGCGAUCCAUGCGUUCCCUCUCCUUGCGGUUCUUACAGCACGUGCCGAAUACAAAGCGAUAGACCAGUUUGUUCUUGUUUAGAAGGUCACGUAGGCGCUCCACCCUCUUGUAGACCCCAAUGUAUGGUAAACUCGGAAUGUCCCAGCGAUCUCGCCUGCCAGAACAUGCGAUGUGUUGAUCCAUGUCGUGGUACUUGUGGUAACAAUGCUUUAUGUAAAACGGUACUACAUAGUCCAAUCUGUAGUUGUCCCGUUGGUUUUAUUGGGGAUCCUUUCAGUAGAUGCUUUAAAGAAGAGAAACCUCCAGUUGUUAUUCCUGAAAAUCCUUGCAUACCAUCCCCUUGUGGGUUAUUUUCCGAAUGUAAAGUUCUACGAAAUAGACCAGUUUGCUCUUGCCUACCUAAUUAUUUUGGUCAACCUCCGAAUUGUAGACCAGAAUGUACCGUCAAUUCUCAAUGUCCUUCUAGUCAUAGCUGUAUAAAUCAAAGAUGUGAGGAUCCUUGUCCAGGAUCUUGCGGAGCAAACGCUGAAUGUAGAGUCUUAAAUCACUCGCCUCAAUGUUAUUGCGCUGAUGGCUUCAGCGGAGAUCCUUUCUCUGGAUGUCAAUACACUCCCCAAAUACCAGAAGAACCAGCUCACCCUUGUAAUCCAUCUCCAUGUGGUGCCAAUGCUAUUUGUAAAGAGUUAAACGGUGCAGGAUCAUGCGUAUGUGCGCCGGAUUACUUCGGAGAUCCUUAUACCGGAUGUCGUCCUGAAUGCGUCACAAAUUCCGAUUGUCCAAAAGACAGAUCUUGCGUCAAUCAAAAAUGUGUUGAUCCUUGUCCAGGAACGUGUGGUAUUAACAGCGAAUGUCAAGUAUUUAAUAACGUACCAAAUUGUUAUUGCCUAGAAGGUUAUAUUGGAGAUCCUUUCAGGGCAUGUCAUCCAGUUCCUAUAAACCCUCCUAUGAGAGAACAAAGAGAUCCGUGCAGACCUUCACCUUGUGGACCGUACAGUCAAUGUAGAGUCAUAAACGAUCACGCUGUUUGCUCUUGUUUGAAAGAUCACAUUGGAACUCCACCUACUUGUAGACCAGAAUGCAUAGUAGCCAGUGAUUGUGGCCAAGAUAAAGCUUGUAUGAAUCAAAAAUGUAAAGAUCCUUGUAUAGGUACUUGUGGAUUGAAUGCUAGGUGUAAUGUUGUCAAUCACAAUCCUAUAUGUAGUUGUCCAUCGGGCCAAACUGGAGAUCCAUUCGUUAGAUGUGUCAAGGAAGAAAAAACUGUUGUUCCAGUACCAAACGAGAAUCCCUGCGUUCCAACGCCAUGCGGUCCUAAUUCACAAUGUAGAGUUUCUGGUACCCAAGCAGUUUGUUCUUGUCUACCAAAUUACACGGGUAGAGCACCAAAUUGUCGUCCUGAAUGUACAAUUAAUUCAGAAUGUCCUGGAACUUUAGCUUGCAUCAACGAAAGGUGUAAAGAUCCUUGCGUUGGUUCUUGUGGAUCAUUUGCCACUUGCGCAGUGAUAAAUCAUUCACCCAAUUGUAUAUGCCAACCGGGUUAUACUGGUGAUCCUUUCGCUGGUUGUUCGGUAUUAAUAAUCGUUAAAGAAGAAACCAAUCCUUGUAAUCCAUCACCUUGUGGAGCGAAUGCUGUUUGUAGAGAACAGAACGGAGCAGGUUCUUGUACUUGUUUACCAGACUACUUCGGAGAUCCCUAUACGGGAUGCAGACCUGAAUGCGUAACUAAUUCUGAUUGCUCUAGAGACAAGGCUUGCUUGGGUAUGAAAUGCAAAGAUCCUUGUGUUGGAACGUGUGGUGUUAACGCUGAAUGUAGAGUUGCUAAUCACGCACCUUCUUGUUUCUGCUUGGAAGGAUAUACUGGAAAUCCGACAACAGCUUGUCAUGUUAUACCACCCAGUACGUAUUCACCUGUAACUAACAAAAAACCUAUAAAUUUACUAUGUAUUUCUUUAGCUGUAGAACCUAGAAGAGAACCAUGUAUACCUUCACCUUGUGGUCCUCACAGUCAAUGUAGAGAGACUAACGGCCAUGCUGUAUGCUCUUGCUUACCAGAUUAUGUUGGUUCACCACCAACUUGCAAACCAGAAUGUAUGGUCAGUGCUGAUUGUUCAUUAGACAAAACUUGUAUCAAUCAAAAAUGUAAAGAUCCUUGCCCAGGAACAUGUGGUAUAAAUGCAAGAUGUCAAGUUAUCAAUCAUAAUCCUAUCUGUAGUUGUCCAUCUGAAUUCAUUGGAGAUCCGUUCAUAAGAUGCUUUGUUGAAGAACGACCUCCGGUGAUAUCUCAACCCGAAAAUCCAUGUCAACCAUCUCCUUGUGGAUCUAAUUCGCAAUGUAGAGUAGUGGGUAAUACACCAGCAUGUUCGUGUUUAGUGGGUUAUGUGGGACGCCCUCCUAAUUGUAGACCGGAAUGUGUAAUAAAUGCAGAUUGUUCUGGAAAUUUAGCUUGCCAAAGAGAAAAAUGUACCGAUCCUUGCCCGGGAUCUUGUGGUUCAAACACUGAUUGUAUAGUUAUAAACCACAGAUCUGUUUGUACUUGUAAAAUCGGAUACACUGGUGAUCCUUUCUCGGGAUGUAGUCAAGUACCAAUUGUUGCUCCAACACCAGAACCGCAUAAUCCUUGUAAUCCUUCCCCGUGUGGGGCAAAUGCUAUUUGUAGAGAACAGAAUGGAGCAGGCUCUUGUACUUGUCUCCCAGAUUACUUCGGAGAUCCUUAUACAGGUUGCAGACCGGAAUGCGUAACAAAUACUGAUUGUCAAAGUGAUAGAGCUUGUAUUAAUAAUAAAUGUAAAGAUCCAUGUCCUGGUACUUGCGGUAUAAACGCAGAAUGCCACGUAACGAAUCACGCGCCAUCUUGCUCAUGUUUACCAGGAUUUACUGGAAAUCCUUUGACUUCUUGUAGACAACCACCACCGAUUGAAGUACCUAUAAAUCCUUGCCAACCAUCACCUUGUGGUCCUUACAGCGACUGUCGAGAAAUAAAUAAUCACGCUGUAUGUUCUUGUCAACCAAAUUAUAUUGGAACACCUCCGACAUGUAAACCAGAAUGUAUGGUUAGUUCCGAAUGUGCACAAAACAAGGCUUGCUUGAAUCAAAAAUGUAAAGAUCCAUGUCCUGGUACAUGCGGUUUGAACGCUAAAUGUCAAGUCGUGAACCAUAAUCCUAUUUGCAGCUGUCCUUCACAAUAUACGGGGGAUCCAUUCGUUACAUGUAUCUUAGAAGAGAAAACAGCCGUAGAAGUACCUAGCGGUAAUCCUUGCGUACCGACCCCUUGCGGGCCGAAUUCGCAAUGUAGAGUAAUUGGUACCCAACCUGUAUGUUCUUGUUUACCGAAUUAUAUAGGUAGAGCGCCAAAUUGUAGACCCGAAUGUCUCAUAAACGAAGAAUGCCCUGGAAACUUAGCAUGUCAAAAUGAAAAAUGUAUAGAUCCUUGUAGAGGUUCUUGUGGUUCUUUCACUACUUGCACUACUGUAAAACAUACUCCUAUCUGUGAAUGCGUAUCUGGUUAUACCGGGGAUCCGUUUAGAGGAUGUGUCCUUUUACCUCCUACUGUUACAGAAAUUCCUAUAGAUCCUUGUAAUCCUUCACCUUGCGGCGCUAACGCCGUAUGUAAAGAAAGAAACGGUGCAGGUUCUUGUGCAUGCGUCCCCGAGUAUUUCGGUGAUCCAUACAGAGGAUGUAGACCGGAAUGUGUUACGAAUUCGGAAUGUGAUCGUAGUAGAGCUUGUAUAAAUAACAAAUGCGCGGAUCCUUGUCCAGGAACUUGCGGAAUAAACGCAGAAUGUAGAGUCAUCAAUCAUAUACCGUCAUGUAUUUGUAUAACGGGAUAUACGGGUGAUCCCGCUAGUAGAUGUAACCUCAUACCUUCUGUUACUCCUGAACCGACUCAACCUUGUCAACCGUCUCCGUGCGGUCCAAAUAGUCAAUGUAGAGAAAUAAACGGACACGCUGUAUGUACUUGUUUGACAGGUUAUAUUGGUUCACCACCAAUGUGUAGACCUGAAUGUAUCGGUAGCUCAGAAUGUGCGCAGGAUAAAGCGUGUGUAAAUCAAAAGUGCGUUGAUCCGUGUCCCGGAACUUGCGGUCUCAACGCUCAAUGUAGAGUUGUAACACAUAAUCCUAUUUGUGUUUGUUCCAACGGAUUCACCGGAGAUCCUUUCACCUCUUGCUCCAGGAUAGCUCUACCUCCACCACCAAUCAACGAAAACCCAUGUGUACCGUCUCCGUGCGGUGCCAAUUCGCAAUGUAGAGUCGUUGGUACCCAACCUGCAUGCUCUUGCUUACCCAACUAUAUUGGUAGACCACCAAACUGUCGACCUGAAUGUGUUAACGAUUUAGAAUGUCCAAAUAACUUGGCAUGUAAAAAUGAAAAAUGUAUAAAUCCCUGUCAAGGAUUCUGUGGUGUUAACGCUAUAUGUACAGUGGUAUCGCAUGCUCCUGUUUGCUCUUGUCUACUCGGAUAUCAAGGAGAUCCUUUAUCUUCUUGUACUAUCACACCUUUAACUACCGAACGUACUCCACCAUCGACACCUUGUUUCCCGUCACCGUGUGGACCGAACGCGGAGUGCCGCGAGAAGAACGGCGCUGGUGCUUGCUCUUGUCUUCAAGGUUUCCACGGGGAUCCAUAUGAUAACAACAAAGGUUGUCAUCGGGAAUGUGAAAUUAACGACGACUGCAAAUCUAAUUUAGCUUGUAUCGCUUACAAAUGCGUCGAUCCGUGUCCUGGAACAUGUGGCUCAUUGGCGGAAUGUACAGUAAAUAAUCACAUACCGACGUGUUCGUGUCCUCCGGGUUUUACUGGAGAUGCGUUCUUCCAGUGCAGAGAAAUCCAGAAGACACCCAAUAUACCGGAGAACCCUUGUCAACCUACACCUUGCGGACCCAACAGUCAAUGCAGAGAAGUUAAUAAACAAGCUGUGUGUUCUUGUUUACCGAAUUAUAUAGGUAGUCCGCCAAGCUGUAGGCCUGAAUGCGUAGUUAGCUCAGAAUGUCCACUAGAUAAAGCUUGUGUCAAUCAAAAAUGCAGCGAUCCUUGUCCGAACACGUGUGGAUUGGGGGCUCAAUGUACUACACGGAAUCAUAAUCCUAUUUGUGCUUGCCCUCCUGGAUAUACUGGAGAUCCAUUCCUAAGAUGCGCGCCACAACCUGUUACAGAAGAACCAUCUACUGAACGUCCAGCAUCUUGCUUCCCUUCACCAUGCGGAUCGAAUUCGCAAUGUAGAAUAGUGGAAAAUAAUCCGGUAUGUUCUUGUUUACCAGGAUUCUUAGGUGCUCCGCCAAACUGUAGACCGGAAUGCGUUAUAUCGAACGAUUGCGACAGUCAAAAAACUUGUAUCAAACAUAAAUGUCAAGAUCCAUGUCCCGGUACUUGUGGAAUUAAUGCUGAAUGCCACGUGAUCAACCACAUUCCGAUUUGCACGUGUAUAGCCGGUCAUACUGGAGAUCCAUUUUUCCAAUGCAACGUUAUUCCCGAGGAAAAAACACAAAGACCUUUGGAUCCAUGCAAUCCAUCGCCGUGCGGACCUAAUGCGGAAUGCAACAACGGUAUUUGUACCUGUAUUUCCGAAUACAUUGGCAAUCCUUACGAAUCCUGUCGACCAGAAUGCGUACUUAGUACAGAAUGCUCCAGAGAUAAAGCUUGUAUCAGAAAUAAGUGUAAGGAUCCUUGUCCUAAUACUUGCGGACAGAACGCGCGAUGCGAUGUCAUAAACCACAUUCCUACAUGUUCUUGUCCUGAUACACUUACUGGUGAUCCAUUCACAUUAUGCAGAGUAAUUGAGGAAAUACAACAGCCACGAGAUCCUUGCAACCCAUCACCUUGCGGACCAAACAGUCAAUGUAAAAAUAUCAACGAUCACGCAGUAUGUUCGUGUAUUCAAGGCUACCAAGGACAACCGCCAUCUUGUAAACCGGAAUGUAUAGUAAACUCCGAAUGUUCUUCGAACAAAGCUUGCGUCAAUCAAAAAUGUAUCGAUCCUUGUCCCGGCUCUUGCGGAUUGAACGCAGAUUGUAAAGUUAGAAACUACAGUCCGAUAUGUAGUUGUAGAGAAGGAUAUACUGGUGAUCCUUUCCAAAAUUGUAGAGAAAUUAUUGUCGAACCUACUCCUUCAACGCCAUUGAAUCCGUGCAAUCCGUCACCGUGCGGACCGAACUCCUUAUGUAGAGCUAUCGGAGACACUCCUUCUUGUAGUUGCGCCGUGGAUUACAUCGGAACUCCUCCUAAUUGCAGACCAGAAUGCGUCAUCAAUCCAGACUGUCCGAGUACACAAGCUUGUAUCAAUAACAAAUGUAAAGAUCCUUGCCCCGGAAGCUGCGGAUCAAACGCAGAAUGCUCGGUAAUAUCUCACACAGUAUCAUGUACUUGUACAACCGGUUAUACAGGAAAUCCAUUCGUACAAUGCGUUCCGCAACCUGCGGAAAAGCCAAAUCCUUGUGAACCGUCUCCGUGCGGACCUAACGCUGAAUGUAGACAACGUAAUGGAGCUGGUUCUUGCGUAUGCAUUCAAGAUUACUUUGGAAAUCCUUACGAAGGAUGUAAACCUGAGUGUGUAUUGAGUUCCGACUGUCCAACUAAUAAGGCUUGUAUGAAAAAUAAAUGCGUAGAUCCAUGUCCAGGAAUUUGUGGGCAAAACGCAGAAUGUUCUGUCAUAAACCACGUACCCGCUUGUACUUGUCUGGAAAGAUUCAUUGGAAAUCCAUUCGUCAUCUGCAAUCCAGCUCCUUUGCCUCAAGAACCUAGUAUUUUCGAACCUUGUUCACCGAGUCCUUGCGGUCCGUACAGUCAAUGCCGUGAAGUUAACAACCAAGCCGUCUGCUCUUGCCUACCAGAUUACAUCGGAUCUCCGCCUAAUUGUAAACCGGAAUGUAUCGUUAGCUCCGAAUGUCCUUCCGAUCGGGCUUGUCACAAAUUUAAAUGUGCCAAUCCUUGUACUGGAGCUUGCGGUAUCCAAGCGUUAUGUCAAGUUAUCAACCACGCGCCUAUCUGUAGCUGUAAAACGGGCAUGACUGGAGAUCCUUUUACGAGAUGUUACGAAUUACCACCGGCUCCUAUUAAACCGAGACCAGUGGAAAAUCCUUGUGCACCAUCACCUUGUGGACCUAAUGCUGAAUGUAGAGUCAUCAAUGAUCAAGCCUCUUGCAGUUGUCAACCUAAUUACUUCGGAGCGCCGCCUAAUUGCAGACCUGAAUGUCUAGUUAACACCGAUUGUGCUUCUAACUUAGCGUGUAUCACCGAAAAAUGUAGGGACCCUUGUACUGGAUCUUGUGGAUUUAAUACCGAAUGUAGAGUACAGAACCAUAUACCGAUAUGUAGUUGCUUAUCUGGAUAUACGGGCGACGCAUUCUCCGAAUGUACCAAGAUCAAACCAAUACUACCAUCAACCCCGACAGAUCCUUGCAACCCAUCGCCGUGUGGUCAAAAUGCUCAAUGCGAUAAUGGAAUAUGUACUUGCUUGACACUGUACCGAGGUGAUCCUUAUCAAGGGUGCAGACCGGAAUGUACCAUGAACUCCGAUUGUAGCCCAAACAAAGCUUGUAGUAACUUGAGAUGUGUCGAUCCUUGUCCUGGAACUUGUGGACAAAAUGCAGUUUGUGAUAUCGUUAAUCAUAUUCCGACCUGCAGUUGUCCCGCAGGUUUAGAAGGAGAUCCAUUCGUUAGAUGCAGACCUAAAAUAAUAGACGUGCCAUUGAACCCUUGUCAACCGUCUCCAUGUGGACCAAACAGCGUUUGCAGAGUUAACAACGGAGUUGCUGUAUGUUCUUGCCAGCCGGGUUUGAUAGGAAGUCCGCCGUCUUGUAGAGCCGAAUGCGUUCUCAGCGCCGAAUGUCCCUUAACGCAAGCCUGUUUGAAUCAAAAAUGUAUCGAUCCUUGUCCAGGAACGUGCGGAGUAAACGCUAAAUGCCAAGUGAUAAAUCACAAUCCUAUUUGCAGCUGCAUCCAAGGAAAUAUCGGGGAUCCAUUCGUUAGAUGCUAUCCGGAACCUAAACUUGUUCCUCAACCGGUAAAUCCAUGCGAUCCGACGCCGUGCGGUCCGAAUUCGGUAUGUAAAGUACGCGGCGAAAGUCCGGCGUGUUCAUGUCUCGAAAAUUAUAUCGGCACACCGCCGAAUUGUCGACCGGAAUGUACGAUUAAUCCCGAAUGUCCGCGAACGCUCGCUUGUAUAAAUCAAAAGUGUCGCGAUCCUUGUCCGGGUAGUUGCGGCAACAACGCGUUGUGUAACACCAUCAACCACAAUCCAACUUGCACCUGUCAGAAUGGUUACACCGGAGAUCCGUUCCAAGGCUGCGUUCCGGCACCAGCCGUUCUGCCGCCACCAGAUCCGAUAAACCCUUGCAAACCUUCACCUUGUGGCACCAACGCCAUCUGUAAAGAAAGAAACGGUGCCGGAUCUUGCGUUUGUCCGCCGGAUUAUUCAGGAAACCCGUACGAAAGUUGUAGACCGGAAUGUAUUUUGAACGCUGAUUGUUCUUCGAAUAGAGCAUGCGUGAGGAAUAAAUGUAUCGAUCCUUGUCCUGGUACUUGCGGUCAAAACGCCAUCUGUCAAGUUAUCAACCACAGUCCCAGUUGUAGAUGUUUGGAAGAUUACACGGGAGAUCCAUUCAAAUUCUGUACCGUAGUCAUUGAACAACCAAUUGUAUCAACACAACCGUGUCAACCGACUCCUUGUGGCCCGAAUAGUCAAUGCAAAGAAGUAAACGGACAAGCAGUUUGUUCAUGUUUACCCAAUUUCAUAGGAUCGCCACCUGGAUGUAGACCAGAAUGUGUAGUAAGUUCAGAAUGUCCAACGAACAAAGCUUGUAUCAAUCAAAAAUGUAUGGACCCGUGUCCCGGAACGUGCGGCUUGAACACCAAAUGUCAAGUCAUAAACCACAGUCCGAUAUGUAGUUGUCAAACUAGGUAUAUAGGAGAUCCAUUUGUUAGAUGUUUCCCUCCACCUCAACCUGUUAUUACCGAGAUCGAAAUCGUAUCGAAUCCUUGCGAUCAAUCCCCUUGCGGUCCUAAUUCUCAAUGUAGGGAAAUCAACAAUCAUGCAUCUUGUUCUUGCCUGCCUGAAUUUAUUGGUAACCCACCGAAUUGUAGACCGGAAUGCAGCAUACAUUCAGAAUGUCCAAGUAAUCUAGCUUGCAUAAAACAAAAAUGCGCGGAUCCUUGUCAAGGAUCUUGUGGACUAAAUGCAGUUUGUAAUGUAUUGAAUCAUAUAUCAAUCUGUACGUGUCCGACUGAUAUGACUGGGGAUCCUUUUACAAACUGUUUCCCCGCUCCUCCAGCAAAAGUCGUCGUAGAUGAAAACCCUUGUGUACCAUCUCCUUGUGGAGCAAACGCCGUAUGCGAAGGACAAGGUAUUUGUACUUGUAUUCAAGAUUACAAUGGAGAUCCCUAUAGAGGAUGUAGACCUGAAUGUGUUAGAAGUACCGAUUGCCCUAGGGAUAGAUCUUGUGUUAGAAAAAAAUGUGUAGAUCCUUGUCCUGGAACUUGUGCUGUUUCGGCAACUUGUCAGAUUAUAAAUCAUAUUCCUAUGUGUAGUUGUCCCGCUGGUACUACAGGAAACGCCUUCGUGGCAUGUAGAACUAUACAAAUACCUCAAAAUAUAAAUCCAUGUAAUCCAACACCAUGUGGUCCAAAUAGCCAAUGUAGAGAGAUCAAUCAACAAGCAGUAUGCUCUUGUCUACCAGGAUAUAUCGGUAGUCCUCCCAUUUGCAGACCAGAAUGUGUUUCAAGUUCUGAAUGUAGCUUAGUACAAGCAUGUGUCAACCAAAAAUGUAUCGAUCCCUGUCCUGGAUCUUGUGGUAUAAGCGCACAAUGUCAAGUUAUUAAUCACAACCCUAUAUGUACUUGCCCAGGUGAUUUAACCGGCGAUCCUUUCACAAGAUGUAUACCAAAACGUAAGAUCAAAUAAACUUUCUCGAACAAACAUACUAAUUACAAUCAAAUUUCAGCACCUGAACAAGUAAACGUCUCUAUAAAUCCUUGUCAACCUUCCCCUUGCGGACCGAACUCUGAAUGUAGAGAAAUUAAUGGUUUCCCUUCUUGUACUUGUCUCGCCGACUACCGAGGAACUCCACCGAAUUGCAGACCAGAAUGUAUCACCAACAGCGAAUGCGCUUUCAAUUUGGCUUGUUUGAACAGGAAAUGUAUCAAUCCUUGUGAAAAUAUGUGCGGAUUAAAUGCCGAAUGUCGAGUUGUAAGCCACAUACCUAACUGCGUAUGCCUACCGGGUUUCGAAGGGGAUCCGUUCCGACAAUGCUCGGAAACUGCCUUGAAAAUUCCUGAAAUUAUCAACCCAUGCAAUCCAACACCAUGCGGAAUUAACGCAGAAUGUAAAGAACGAAACGGCGCAGGAGCGUGUAUAUGUAAACCAGGCUUUAUGGGAAAUCCUUACGAAAGCUGUAGACCUGAAUGUGUUAUUAAUUCGGAUUGUCCUUCGAACAAAGCGUGUUUAAAAGAUAAAUGUAUAGAUCCAUGUCCUGGUACGUGCGCGUCUAACGCAUACUGCAACGUAAUCAACCAUUUACCGACAUGUACUUGCAUCCAAGGAUAUACAGGAGAUCCUUUCAGAUUGUGUAAUGUAAUUCGUGAAACAAUUGAAGUAGUACCCACGAAUCCUUGUCAACCGUCUCCUUGUGGACCAAACAGUCAAUGUAGGGUAAUUAACGAACAACCCGUUUGUUCUUGUUUACCAGAAUAUUCCGGAAGUCCACCAAAUUGUCGACCAGAAUGUACUAUCAGUUCUGAAUGUUCUCUAGAUAAAUCAUGCGUGAAUAAAAGAUGUAUAGACCCAUGUCCUGGUACUUGUGGUUUGAAAUCUACAUGUAAAGUUUUGAAUCAUAGUCCAAUAUGUAGUUGUAUAACAGGAUACACUGGAGAUCCUUUCACUAGAUGUUAUUUUGUUCAAAGUAAGAUAUAUCAUAUCCAGAUUUUUAUUCCAACUAAUUUUUUACAAUUUGUAGAAGAAGAAGUUGUAUCGGAAAUAGUGAAUCCAUGUUUACCUUCACCUUGCGGACUUUACAGUACAUGUAGAGAUAUAAAUGGUAUUCCUUCUUGUUCUUGUAACGAUGGUUAUAUUGGCACACCACCCAAUUGUAGACCAGAAUGUACUAUCAAUUCUGAAUGUUCCAGUAACUUAGCAUGCAUUAACGAAAAGUGUAGAGAUCCUUGCGCUGGUUCCUGUGGAAAUGGGGCCGUUUGUAACGUUAUCAAUCAUAUACCGAUAUGUUCGUGUCCUGAAGGAUAUUCAGGUGACCCCUUCACGUUCUGUCAACUCAAACCAACCGUGGCACCAAUAGUAGAUAACGAUCCAUGUAAUCCAUCGCCUUGCGGACCUAAUACCGAAUGUAAUAAUGGUAUUUGUACAUGUUUAGCAGAAUAUCGAGGCGAUCCAUAUACUGGUUGUAGACCGGAAUGUACCUUACACCAAGAUUGUCCUAAAAACAAAGCUUGUUCGAGAAAUAAAUGUAUCGAUCCUUGCGUAGGUACUUGUGGAACAAACGCUAAUUGUGUUGUUAUGAAUCACAUACCAACUUGCUCUUGUUUGGAAGAUUACGAAGGUAACGCCUUUGUAAUUUGCCAAAAAGUAAAAGUUGAAGUACCAAGAAAUCCUUGCAAUCCCACACCUUGUGGACAAAAUAGUCAAUGUAGGGAAAUAAAUGGUCAAGCUGUUUGCUCUUGCGUACCAGGUUUCUUAGGUACACCGCCAUCUUGUAGACCGGAAUGCGUUACCAGUACAGAAUGUCUUCUUACACAAGCUUGCGUUAACCAAAAAUGUAUAGAUCCUUGUCCUGGUACUUGUGGUAUUAGUGCCUUGUGUCAAGUUAAAAAUCAUAAUCCAAUAUGUGUUUGUCCUAAUCAAUAUACAGGCGAUCCUUUCACUAGAUGUUACAUAUUAGAAAUUGAACCGGCUAUUGUUGAAUCUUCAAACCCAUGUGAACCGUCACCUUGCGGUCCAAAUUCUGUAUGUAGAGUUGUAGGAGAUAAUCCAUCUUGCUCUUGCUUACCAGAAUUUAUAGGAUCUCCUCCAAACUGUAAACCAGAAUGCGUUAGUAAUUCGGAAUGUUCCUCGAAUCUCGCUUGUAUAAAUAGAAAAUGUAAAGAUCCUUGCGUUGGAGUUUGUGGUCAAAACGCCGAAUGUAGAGUAGUUAGUCAUACACCCAAUUGCGUAUGUAUAUCCGGUUACUACGGUGAUCCAUUUACUCUAUGUCAACUCCAGACGGCUGUAGAAAUAGUGAAUCCUUGUGAACCAUCGCCGUGCGGUAGCAACGCUGUUUGUAAAGAAAGAAACGGAGCUGGUGCUUGUGUUUGCUUAGAAGAUUACUUUGGAGAUCCUUAUCAGGGAUGUAGACCGGAAUGUUCAGUUAGUUCAGAUUGUCCUUCUAAUAAAGGUUGCGUUAAUAAUAAGUGUAAAGAUCCUUGUCCUGGUACAUGUGCGCCGAACGCGGAAUGCCACGUUAUCAAUCACUUACCGUCUUGUACUUGUCCUUCGCAAUACACAGGGGAUCCUUACCAAUUUUGCAGAGUAGCAUUGAUUGAACCAGAAAUACCCAAACAACCUUGUCAACCAUCUCCUUGCGGGGCUAAUAGUCAAUGUAGGGAAGUCAAUCAACAAGCUGUAUGUUCUUGUUUACCGAAUUACGUAGGUAGUCCACCGGGAUGUAGACCAGAAUGUACUGUUAAUAACGAAUGUCCGACUAAUCAAGCUUGUCAAAACCAAAAGUGUAUCGAUCCUUGUCCAGGAACUUGUGGACUAAAUACCAAAUGCCAAGUCGUUAAUCAUGCUCCUAUUUGUAGUUGUUCGAACGGUUUUACUGGAGAUCCUUUUACCAGAUGUUAUUCCAUACCUCCACCAGAACCAAUUUCUAUAGAAAACGAAAAAGUCACGUGUUUCCCAUCACCGUGCGGACCAAAUUCGGAAUGUAGAGAAAUUGGUAGUUCGCCAGCUUGUUCUUGUCUACCAAACUUUAUCGGUAGUCCGCCGAAUUGUAGACCAGAAUGUAGCGUUAAUUCGGACUGUACCAGUAAUUUGGCUUGUAUCAAUCAAAAAUGUAUUGAUCCCUGUCCAGGUUCGUGUGGACAAGAUGCUAGAUGUAGUGUUUUCAGUCAUACGCCGAUUUGUACUUGUCUAGAAGGAUAUACUGGAGAUCCGUUCACCUAUUGUCGACUCUUACCACCUACAACUCCUGCACCGGUAACCGAUCCAUGUAGCAAUUCUCCAUGCGGUCCCAAUGCCGAAUGUAACGAUGGCAUAUGUACUUGCUUACCAGAAUAUCAAGGUGAUCCCUACAGAGGGUGUAGACCAGAAUGUGUACUAAAUACAGAUUGUCCUAGAGAUAAGACUUGUAUUAGAAACAAAUGUAAGGAUCCUUGUCCUGGAACGUGUGGUCAAAACGCUGAAUGCUCUGUUAUCAAUCACAUUCCAACUUGCUCUUGUAUAUCUGGAUAUACUGGUAGCGCUUUCAUACAAUGUAAUCUCAUACCAGUUGAAUUACCUAAAAAUCCUUGCAAUCCAUCUCCGUGUGGUCCAAACAGUCAAUGCAGGGAAAUAAAUAGUCAAGCUGUUUGUUCUUGCGUACCAGGGUUCUUGGGUACACCGCCAUCUUGUAGACCAGAAUGCGUUUCCAGCACUGAGUGUAUUUUAAGUCAAGCUUGUGUUAAUCAAAAAUGUAUCGAUCCAUGCCCCGGAACCUGCGGACUUAACACUCUUUGUCAAGUAGUCAAUCAUAAUCCAAUAUGUACUUGUAAAGAAAAAUUUAGCGGAGAUCCAUUUACCAGAUGCAUACCUAUCGUUGAAGAGCCAAUUGUACAAUCGAAUCCUUGUCAACCAUCACCGUGCGGACCUAAUUCUCAAUGCCGCGAAGUUGGCGGUGCUCCAUCUUGUUCAUGUUUGCCCGAAUUUAUAGGCACGCCACCAAACUGUAGACCAGAAUGUGUCAGUAAUUCAGAAUGCUCUAAUAAUUUAGCUUGCAUAAAUCAAAAAUGCAAAGAUCCUUGUGUCGGUGCAUGUGGUUCCAACGCGGAAUGUAGAGCUGUCAGUCACACUCCCAACUGUUUAUGUCCAACCGACUUAACAGGAGAUCCAUUUACACAAUGUCUACCAAUACCACAAACAAUACCGUCGGAAAUACUAUCGCCUUGUACUCCAUCUCCUUGUGGAGCAAACGCUGUAUGUAGAGAACUAAAUAACGCUGGAUCGUGUACUUGUUUACCAGAAUAUAUAGGCAACCCUUACGAAGGUUGUAGACCGGAAUGUACUUUAAGCUCCGAUUGUCCUUACAACAAAGCUUGCAUAAGGAACAAAUGUACAGAUCCUUGUCCUGGUACUUGCGGACAAAAUAGUGAUUGUCAAGUCGUUAAUCAUUUACCAUCUUGUACGUGUAGGGUAGGAUUCACUGGAGAUCCAUUCAGAUAUUGUCAUGUUUCACCAUCCGAACCUGUUGAUAGAGAAAAACCGCAAAAUCCUUGCCAACCCAGCCCUUGCGGUCCAAAUAGUCAAUGUAAGAACGUCAACAACCAAGCCGUUUGCUCUUGUUUACCCAAUUACAUAGGUAGCCCUCCGGGAUGUAGGCCCGAAUGUACAGUGAGCGCUGAAUGUGCUCAAGAUAAAGCUUGUAUCAAUCAAAAAUGUGAUGAUCCAUGUACCGGAAACUGCGGUUUGAAUACCGAUUGUAAAGUGAUCAAUCACAGUCCGAUUUGUAUUUGUAAAACUGGUCAAACGGGCGAUCCGUUUUCUAGAUGCUAUCCCAUACCUCCUAAAAUACCAGAGCCUGUCAUAAUAUCGGAUCCAUGUGUUCCUUCACCGUGCGGUAUGAACAGCAUUUGUAAAAACGUAGGAAAUGUCCCAUCUUGUACUUGCUUGCCUUCAUACAUAGGCACACCACCCAAUUGCAGACCUGAAUGUACCAUAAACUCCGAAUGCCGUAGCAAUUUAGCUUGCAUAAGAGAAAAAUGUACCGAUCCGUGUCCAGGUUCUUGUGGAACAGGUGCUGUAUGUAGCGUUACCAAUCACAAUCCUAUUUGCUCUUGUCCAGAAGGUUACACCGGAGAUCCAUUCAAUUAUUGUCAACUGAAGCCUGUAGAAAUCAGUCCAAUCCCAACUGAUCCUUGUAAUCCCAGCCCUUGUGGACCUAACACACAAUGUAACGAUGGAAUAUGUAGUUGUCUACCUGAAUAUCAAGGUGAUCCUUAUUCUGGAUGUAGGCCUGAGUGUGUAUUGAGUAUUGAUUGUCCAAAGGACAAAGCUUGUGUUCGAAACAAGUGCGUCAAUCCUUGUAAUGGAAUUUGUGGACAAAAUGCUGAAUGUUCUGUACUGAAUCAUAUACCAAUUUGUAGCUGCAGAAUCGGUUUUACUGGAAAUGCUUUUACAUUCUGCAAAGAAAUUGAAAAACCACCACCAGCAAAUCCAUGUUUCCCGAGUCCAUGUGGACCAAAUAGUCAAUGUAGGGAAAUAAAUGGACAAGCGGUUUGUUCUUGCGUACCCGGCUACAUAGGUUCUCCACCAUCUUGUAGACCGGAAUGUGUUACUAGUUCAGAAUGUCCUUUAAAUGAAGCUUGCCAGAAUCAAAAAUGUGUCAACCCUUGUCUUGGAACGUGUGGAAUAGGCGCACUAUGUCAAGUAAUAAAACACAAUCCCGUAUGUAGCUGUCCGGUCAAAUUCACUGGAGAUCCAUUUACUAGAUGUUUACCAAUACAAGAAGUUAUAAUUCCUCCAACAAAUCCUUGUUCUCCGUCUCCGUGCGGUUCUAAUUCAAUAUGUAAAGAAGUCGGCGAAACGCCGGUUUGUACUUGCUUAGAAGGCUUCGUAGGAUCACCGCCGAAUUGCAAACCGGAAUGCAUCAGCAACUCCGAAUGCGCCACUCAUUUGGCUUGUAUAAAUCAAAAAUGCAAAGAUCCUUGUCCGGGAAUAUGCGGCCAAAACGCGGAAUGUAGAGUAGUUAGUCACACUCCGAACUGCGUUUGUUUACCAGGAUACGAAGGAGAUCCUUUCAACUAUUGUAACCUACCGAUACCAAAACCAAGUGAAAUACUAUCGCCAUGCAACCCGUCUCCUUGCGGUUCCAACGCUGAAUGUAGGGAACAAAAUGGAGCCGGGGCGUGUAUAUGUAUCAAAGGAUAUUUAGGAAAUCCUUAUGAAGAAUGUAGACCCGAAUGUUCUAUUAAUUCCGAUUGUCCUUCGAAUAAGGCUUGCAUGAAUAAUAAAUGUAGAGAUCCUUGCCCUGGAACGUGCGGUCCGAACGCAUUAUGUCAAGUUAUAAAUCACGUACCAUCGUGUACUUGUAACAUUGGAUAUACAGGAGAUCCUUUCAGGAUCUGUAUCGUACAACCUAACGAACCUGUAAUCGAAGAAACUACGAAUCCGUGUCGAAAUUCUCCUUGUGGACCAAAUAGUCAAUGUCAGGAAGUUAAUAAACAAGCAGUUUGCUCUUGUUUACCAGAAUAUGUCGGUUCUCCGCCAUCUUGCAGACCCGAAUGUGUCGUCAGCACGGAAUGUACUCCGAAUAAGUCUUGUAUUAAUCAAAAAUGUACUGAUCCGUGUCCAGGAACAUGCGGUAUUGGUGCGACUUGUCAAGUAAUCAAUCAUAGUCCAAUUUGCUCUUGUAGACUGGGUAACACCGGUAAUCCGUUCACAAAAUGCUAUCCGCUACCACCACCUCCAGCGGAACCAAUAGAUAUAAUAGACCCUUGUAUUCCGAAUCCCUGUGGUCCUAAUAGUCAAUGCCGAAAUCGAUCUGGUUCCCCUGUAUGCUCCUGUUUACCUGAUUUCGAAGGAAGUCCUCCAAAUUGUAGACCAGAAUGUACCAUCAAUUCGGAAUGUCCCAGUAAUUUGGCUUGUAUCAAUCAAAAAUGUAAAGAUCCUUGUAUCGGAGCGUGCGCCAUAAACGGUUUAUGUAACGUCAUCAAUCACGUGCCUACGUGUACAUGUCCCGAUGGAUAUACCGGAGAUCCAUUCAAUAUUUGCGUUUUGAAACCACCAACACAACCAGUUGAAAAUGAUCCUUGUAACCCGUCCCCGUGCGGACCUAAUGCUGAAUGUUCCAAUGGAAUUUGUACUUGUAUUGACGAGUAUCAAGGAGAUCCUUAUACAGGUUGUCGACCAGAAUGUAUCAUUAGUGACGAUUGUGCGAAAAACAAAGCAUGUGUGAAACAAAAAUGUGUAGAUCCUUGUCCUGGUACUUGUGGUCAAAACGCUGAAUGUUCCAUAUUUAAUCAUAUUCCUGUUUGCUCUUGUAUAUCCGGAUACACUGGAAAUGCUUUCGUCUUAUGUAACCGAAUAGUCGAAGCUCGACCUUUGACUAAUCCUUGUCAACCAUCACCUUGUGGUCCAAACAGUGAAUGCAGAGAAAUAAACCAACAGGCAGUUUGUUCUUGUCUACGCGGUUACAUUGGUUCUCCGCCAACUUGUAGACCGGAAUGUAUAUCCAGUUCUGAAUGUAGUUUAAUACAAGCAUGUGUCAAUCAAAAAUGUAUAGAUCCUUGUCCUGGAACUUGCGGACUGAACGCGAAAUGUCAAGCAGUCAAUCAUAAUCCUAUUUGCAGUUGUCCGCCUAGAUAUACCGGUGAUCCGUUUACAAGAUGUCUAAUUAUCGUUCAAGAACCAGUUGAAGUACCGACGAAUCCUUGUCUACCUUCUCCGUGUGGACUGAAUUCUGAAUGUCGAGAAACAAACGGAUCGCCAUCGUGUUCUUGCUUACCAGAAUUUCGAGGCACCCCACCCAAUUGUAGACCAGAAUGUACUAGUAACAGCGAAUGUGCCAACAAUUUAGCUUGUAUCAAUAAUAAAUGUUCUAAUCCAUGUUCUGGAAUGUGUGGACAAAACGCAGAAUGCAGAGUUAUAAGUCACACGCCUAUUUGCAGUUGUACACAAGGUUUUACGGGAGAUCCUUUCAUAUCAUGUCACUUAAUACAAAUUCAGCCUCCCGUUGAAAAUCUGUCACCUUGUGUACCAUCACCUUGCGGGGCAAAUGCUGAAUGUACAGUGAGAAAUCGUGCAGGAGCGUGUACUUGUCUACCUGAGUAUAUUGGUAAUCCUUAUGAAGGCUGCAGACCUGAAUGUUCAUUAAAUACAGAUUGUCCAUCGAACAAAGCCUGCAUCAGAAAUAAAUGUGUGGAUCCUUGUCCUGGUACUUGUGGACAGAACGCCAAUUGUCAAGUUUUAAAUCAUUUGCCAUCUUGUACUUGCAUCCAAGGUUAUACAGGUGAUGCAUUCAAAUAUUGCAGCUUACAACAACAAGAAAUUGUCGAACUUAAAAAACCAUGUCAACCGUCUCCUUGCGGACCAAAUAGUCAAUGUAGGGAAAUUAAUGAACAAGCUGUAUGUUCUUGUUUACCAAACUAUAUUGGCAGUCCCCCAACUUGUAGACCCGAAUGUACCAUGAGCUCAGAAUGUUCUCAAAAUAAAGCUUGCAUCAAUCAAAAAUGCGAUGAUCCUUGUCCGGGUUCUUGUGGGUUAAAUACCAAAUGUCAAGUAGUUAAUCACAGUCCUAUAUGUACCUGCAAAGUUGGAUUCAGUGGAGAUCCUUUCGCUAGAUGCUUACCCAUACCAAAUCCACCUGUGAAUGUACCAAUAGAACCAAUACGUGACCCAUGCGUUCCGACUCCAUGCGGAUCUAAUUCAAUUUGCAGAAAUAUCGGAAACUCUCCGUCUUGUACUUGUAUACCAGGAUACAUUGGCAGUCCGCCAAAUUGUAGACCAGAAUGUUCAAACAAUUUCGAAUGUGCGAGUAACUUAGCUUGUAUCAGAGAAAAAUGUAUAGAUCCUUGUCCGGGAUCAUGCGGGGCUCUAGCUCAAUGUAAUGUCAUCAAUCACACUCCAAUUUGCUCAUGUCCGGAAGGAUAUACGGGAGAUCCAUUCAGUUACUGCCAAUUGAAGCCUCCGGAAGUAAAACCGGUUGAAAAAGAUGCAUGUAAUCCAUCUCCUUGUGGACCUAAUGCUAGAUGUGAUGACGGCGUGUGUACUUGUUUACCAGAAUAUCGCGGUGAUCCUUAUAGAGAAUGCAGACCAGAAUGUGUAUUGAAUAACGAUUGUCCAAAAGACAGAGCGUGUUCUAGAAACAAAUGUAUAGAUCCUUGUAUAGGAACGUGUGGACAGAACGCCGAUUGUACUGUUAUAAAUCAUAUCCCAUCUUGUACUUGUCUCAAAGGAUAUAUAGGAAACGCAUUUAUAUUAUGUAAUAGAAUACCUCCCGAAGUACCUAAGAAUCCAUGUCAACCAACUCCGUGCGGUCCAAACAGUCAAUGUAGAGAAAUAAACGGACAAGCGGUAUGUUCUUGUGUAAUAGGAUAUCUCGGUAGUCCACCAAAUUGCCGACCAGAAUGUAUAGUAUCCACUGAAUGUCCAUCAAAUCAAGCUUGUGUCAAUCAAAAAUGCGUAGAUCCAUGUCCAGGUACUUGUGGUAUCAAUACAGAAUGUCAUGUCGUUAAACAUAAUCCUUUAUGUAGCUGUAUUAGAGGAUAUUCUGGAGAUCCGUUUUCAAGAUGCGUACAAAUAUCACCGGAGCCCGAAGUACAAAUAGAUCCCUGUAAUCCAUCCCCGUGCGGUCCAAAUUCUCAAUGCAAAUCUAUUGGAGAUUCGCCUUCUUGUUCGUGUUUACCAGAAUUUGUUGGCACCCCUCCAAAUUGUAGACCCGAAUGUGUCAGUAACUCGGAAUGUGCUAAUAACUUGGCUUGCAUCAAUCAGAAAUGUCAAAAUCCUUGUAGCAACGGAGUUUGCGGUCGAAAUGCCGAAUGCGCAGUUGUAAGCCAUACUCCUAACUGUAUUUGCAUCAAUAAUUAUAUAGGAAAUCCUUUUGUACAAUGUAUCCCGCCGCAACAACCGCAAGUUUUGGAAAUUAUAAGUCCAUGUACCCCAUCACCUUGUGGAGCCAAUGCGCAAUGUAGAGAACUAAAUAACGCCGGAUCGUGUACUUGUUUACCCGAUUUUAUCGGUAAUCCUUACGAAGGAUGUAGACCCGAAUGUGUUAUUAAUUCAGAUUGUCCAUCGAACAAAGCGUGUAUUAAUAAUAAAUGUAAGGAUCCGUGUCCUGGAACUUGUGGGCAAAACGCCAAUUGUCAAGUUAUCAAUCAUCUACCUUCUUGUAAUUGUUUAUCUGGAUAUAGCGGAGAUCCUUACAGAUAUUGCCUGGUUACUGAAACGGUUAGUCUCGAACCCUCGAAUCCUUGUAAUCCAACACCUUGUGGUCCUAACAGUCAAUGUAAGGAAGUUAACAAACAAGCAGUUUGUUCUUGUUUACCAAAUUAUACAGGCAGUCCGCCAUCUUGUAGACCGGAAUGUACUGUGAGUUCAGAAUGUGCGCAAAAUAAAGCUUGCAUCAAUCAAAAAUGCGGAGACCCUUGUCCAGGAACAUGCGGUUUAACUACAGUAUGUAACGUUAUCAAUCACAGUCCGAUUUGUAGCUGUCAAUCAGGAUUUACUGGAGAUCCUUUCACGAGAUGUUACCCAAUACCUCCUAAACCAGUAAUACAACCGGAACCGCCCGCUAUAAAUCCAUGUGUACCUUCACCUUGCGGUCCGAACAGUAUAUGUAGGGAAAUAGGUUCGACGCCAUCUUGUUCGUGUUUGGAAAAUUAUAUAGGAUCUCCACCAAAUUGUAGACCUGAAUGUACAAUCAAUUCCGAAUGUUCUAGUAAUUUAGCUUGUAUUAAUCGAAAAUGUAUAGAUCCAUGUCCUGGUUCUUGCGGAGCAUUCGCUAUUUGUACAGUUAUCAACCACACCCCGACUUGCUCUUGUCCCGAAGGUUACAUUGGAGAUCCUUUCAGCUACUGUCAAAUCAAACCCCCAACACAAGAACCUGUUGUUGCGGAUAAAUGCAACCCUUCACCUUGCGGACCUAAUGCUGAUUGUAAUGACGGCGUUUGUAGUUGUUCACCUGAAUAUAAAGGAGAUCCUUAUAGGGAAUGUAGACCUGAGUGUGUCUUGAAUAAUGAUUGCCCAAGAGAUAAAGCUUGUGUUAGAAAUAAAUGUAAAGAUCCUUGUCCUGGAACGUGCGGUCAAAACGCGGAAUGUUCGGUUGUUAAUCACGUUGCGAUCUGUAGCUGUUUACCAGGUUACCAAGGCAACGCUUUCGUAAUCUGCUCGAAACCACGAGUACCACAAAACGUGAACCCAUGUAACCCAACACCUUGCGGACCGAACAGUCAAUGUAGAGAAAUUAACCAACAGGCUGUUUGUUCUUGUGUUCCCGGUUUCUUAGGUUCGCCGCCAUCUUGUAGACCCGAGUGUGUUUCUAGUUCAGAAUGCGCAUUAAAUAGAGCUUGCGUUAAUCAGAAAUGUAUAGAUCCAUGUCCAGGUACCUGCGGGUUGAACGCCGUUUGCCAAGUUGUCAAUCAUAAUCCAAUUUGUAGCUGUCAACGUGGACAAACUGGUGAUCCUUUCACAAGAUGUCUACCAAUAAGUAUAGAACCCAUAAUACAGAUUAAUCCAUGUGAACCUACGCCUUGCGGUCCAAAUUCCCAAUGCAGACAAAUAGGUGAUUCACCUUCGUGUUCUUGUCUACCAGAAUUUAUAGGCGCGCCUCCCAAUUGUCGUCCCGAAUGCGUUAGCAACUCUGAUUGUACAAGUGAUAAAGCGUGUAUAAAUCAGAAAUGUAAAGAUCCUUGCCAAGGUAUAUGCGGACAAAACGCUGAGUGCCGAACGGUUAGCCACGCUCCAAAUUGUAUAUGUAUAGGAGGUUACCGUGGUGAUCCUUUUAUUCGUUGCGAUCUACCACCAUCUCUACCUUCAGAAAAUAUUUCACCGUGUCAACCGUCUCCGUGUGGAGCAAACGCCGAAUGUAAAGAACAAAAUGGCGCUGGUGCCUGUAUAUGUUUACCGGAUUAUUUCGGUAAUCCUUACGAAGGAUGUAGACCCGAAUGUGUUAUUAAUUCAGAUUGUCCAUCGAACAAAGCGUGUAUCAAUAAUAAAUGUAAAGAUCCUUGUCCCGGAACGUGCGGACAAAACGCCAACUGUCAAGUUGUCAAUCAUCUACCUUCUUGUACUUGUAUAUCAGGAUAUACUGGAGAUCCGUUCCGUUAUUGUACGGUGUUUAUUGAAAAAAUACCAGAGGAACCUUCGAACCCAUGUCAACCGUCACCUUGUGGACCAAACAGUCAAUGUAAAGAGGUUAACAAACAAGCGGUAUGUUCUUGUUUGCCUAAUUAUAUCGGUAGCCCGCCAGUUUGUAGACCAGAAUGUACGGUUAGUUCAGAAUGCGCACAAAAUAGAGCAUGUAUCAAUCAAAAAUGCUCCGACCCUUGCCCGGGAGCUUGUGGAUUACAAACCAAAUGCGACGUUAUUAACCAUAGUCCGAUUUGUAGUUGCCAAGUUAGUUAUACCGGCGAUCCAUUUAGCAGAUGUUAUCCGAUACCUCCACCUCCAGUUGAGCCGGUAGUUACAGAUUUCUGUUCGCCAAAUCCAUGUGGACCUUAUUCUGAAUGUAGAUCUACCGGAAGAGAUUAUACUUGUGUUUGUUUACCUAACUACUUUGGUCAACCGCCUAAUUGUAGACCAGAAUGUACCAUUAAUCCUGAUUGUUCGUCAAACUUGGCGUGUAUCAACCAAAAAUGUGUAGAUCCUUGUCCGGGAUCUUGCGGAGUACAAGCAUUAUGUUCGGUAAGGAACCACAUACCGGCUUGUACUUGUCCUGAAAAAUACAGUGGUGAUCCUUUCACUUAUUGUUCACCGCAAGUUAUAAAACAGCCUGAGGAAAUCGAGCCUUGUAACCCAUCGCCUUGCGGACCAAAUGCUCAAUGUGAUAAUGGAAUAUGUACUUGUUUACCAGAAUAUAGAGGGGAUCCUUACACGGGAUGUCGACCCGAAUGUUUAUUAAACCAAGAUUGCCCUAAGGAUCAAACUUGUAUAAGAAACAAAUGUAAGGAUCCUUGUCCUGGAACUUGUGGGCAAAAUGCAGAAUGUACCGUUAUCAAUCACAUUCCGACAUGCUCUUGUAUACAAGGAUUCACUGGAAAUGCGUUUGUUGUUUGUAAUCCCAUACCAGUGGAAACUCCCAAAAACCCUUGCAGUCCAUCACCCUGCGGACCCAACAGUCAAUGUAGAGAAAUUAACCAACAAGCAGUUUGCUCUUGCGUGCCAGGUUUCUUAGGUACACCGCCAUUUUGUAGACCGGAAUGUGUUUCUAGUUCAGAAUGCGCGUUAAAUAGAGCUUGCGUUAAUCAGAAAUGUAUAGAUCCAUGUCCUGGAACUUGCGGCAUUAAUUCUUUAUGUCACGUCGUUAAUCACAAUCCUAUAUGCAGCUGUCAAAAUAGAUAUUCGGGAGAUCCGUUCGUAAGAUGUUUACCAAUAAGAGACGAACCAAAAGAACCAGUUAAUCCUUGUCAACCAUCUCCUUGUGGUCCGAAUUCGCAAUGUAAAGCUAUGGGAGAUUCUCCUUCGUGCUCAUGUUUGCCGGAAUUUAUUGGAAGCCCGCCGAAUUGUAAACCGGAAUGUAUCAGUAAUACGGAAUGUCCUAAUAAUCUUGCUUGUAUAAAUCAAAAAUGUAAAGAUCCUUGUCCCGGAACUUGUGGCCAAAACGCGGAAUGUAGAGUUGUCAGUCAUACUCCUAAUUGCGUAUGCCUUCCCGGUUUUACUGGGGAUCCAUUCUUCCUGUGUAAUCAGAAUGUUCAAACUUCGUUCGAAAGACCUACCCCUUGUUUGCCCUCCCCGUGUGGAGCUAAUGCCGAAUGUACAGAAAGAAACGGAGCAGGGGCUUGUAAAUGUAUUCCCGAUUACAUCGGAGAUCCUUACGUGGGAUGUAGACCGGAAUGUACUGUAAAUUCCGAUUGUCCUUCGAACAAAGCAUGCGUAAAUAGUAAAUGUAAAGAUCCUUGUCCGGGAGCUUGUGGACAAAACGCUCUAUGUCAAGCGGUUAAUCAUUUACCUUCUUGUACUUGUAUAUCAGGAUAUGAAGGGGAUCCAUAUAGAUAUUGUACCAUUCUAAUAGAACCUAUUGAAACGCCACCAUCAAAUCCUUGCGAACCAUCACCGUGUGGUCCUAAUAGUCAAUGUAGAGAAGUUAACGAACAAGCGGUAUGUUCUUGUUUGCCAAAUUACAUAGGUACUCCUCCGGGUUGUAGACCAGAAUGUACAGUAAGCUCUGAAUGUAACCUAGACAAAGCGUGUAUAAACCAGAAGUGCGUGGAUCCUUGCCCGGGUAGCUGCGGUCUAAACGCAAACUGUCAAGUAAACAGACACAGUCCGAUAUGCAGUUGUCAGUCAGGAUUUACUGGAGAUCCAUUUAAUAGAUGUUAUAAUUUACCACCGCCACCGCAAGAAAAUAUUUUACCGUCAAAUCCUUGCGUGCCGUCACCUUGUGGACCGAAUAGUCAAUGUAGAGAAAUCGGAGGCGUCCCUUCGUGUUCUUGUUUACCAGAAUUUAUAGGAAGUCCACCAUCUUGCAGACCCGAGUGCACUAUUAAUUCAGAAUGCUCUUCGAAUCUUGCCUGCAUCAAUCAAAAAUGUACGGAUCCAUGUCCGGGAUCUUGUGGUUUCCAAGCUGUAUGUAACGUCCUAAAUCACGUACCUACUUGUACUUGUAUCGAAGGAUAUACGGGUGAUCCAUUUACUAAUUGUCAACCUAAGCCGCCAGAACAGAAUAUCAAAAAAGAUCCUUGUAAUCCGUCACCAUGCGGUCCAAAUGCUGAAUGUUUCAAUGGAAUUUGCUCUUGUAUUGACGAGUAUCAAGGAGAUCCUUAUACGGGAUGUCGACCGGAAUGUUUAUUGAAUAAUGAAUGUCCUAAGAAUAGAGCUUGCGUUAGGAAUAAAUGCAUAGAUCCAUGUCCUGGUACUUGUGGACAAAACGCUGAAUGUAGUACUAUCAAUCACAUACCCAGUUGUACUUGUUUACAAGGAAUCGAAGGAAAUGCUUUCGUACUUUGUACUGCUAUCACAGUUAAAACGCCGAAGAAUCCUUGCAAUCCUUCACCUUGCGGUCCUAACAGUCAAUGUAGAGAAAUUAACGAACAGGCUGUUUGUUCUUGUGUACCUGGUUUCUUAGGUACACCACCAUCUUGUAGACCCGAAUGUAUUACCAGUUCGGAAUGCUCGUUAAAUAUGGCGUGCGUCAAUCAAAAAUGUAUCGAUCCAUGCCCUGGUACUUGCGGAUUGAAUGCCUUGUGUCAAGUUGUUAACCACAAUCCUAUUUGUACUUGCCCGACGGGUCAAAGCGGUGAUCCUUUCACAAGAUGUUUACCAAUAAGUAAAUAUAUUCUUUUUUUAAUUGUAUAUAAAAAACCAAUUGAAUUGUGACCUCUUUUAGGACAAGAACCCGAAAUAAUUACGGAACCUUGCCGGCCAUCGCCAUGUGGCCCUAAUUCUCAAUGCCGCGAAGUUGGCGGUGCUCCAUCUUGUUCAUGUUUACCAGAAUUCGUCGGCACGCCACCAAACUGUAGACCAGAAUGUGUCAGUAAUUCAGAAUGCGCCAAUCACCUAGCUUGCAUCAAUCAAAAAUGCAAAGAUCCUUGUAUAGGCGUUUGUGGACUAAAUGCCGAAUGUAAAGUUAUAAGUCACACGCCAAAUUGUGUCUGCCUGGCAAGCUUUGAGGGUAAUCCAUUCGUACAAUGUUCACCUAAAGUAGAACCAACGAAAAUAGAAAAACCUACUCCCUGUAUACCAUCUCCUUGUGGCGUUAACGCUCAAUGUAGGGAACAAAACGGCGCCGGAGCGUGCGUAUGUUUACCAGAUCAUACGGGUAACCCAUAUGAAGUAUGCAGACCAGAAUGUACACUAAAUUCAGAUUGCCCUUCGAAUAAGGCUUGUAUAAAUAACAAAUGUAAGGAUCCUUGUCCUGGAAGUUGUGGUUUGAAUGCAGAAUGUCAAGUAAUCAAUCACCUACCAGCUUGUAUCUGUAUUUCCGGAUUUACGGGAGAUGCUUCGAAAUAUUGUAGAGUUGUCGAAACGAGUAUCGAAGAUAAACCAAAUCCAUGUCAACCAAGUCCGUGCGGUUUGAACAGUCAAUGUCGCGAAGUUAAUGGACAAGCCGUUUGUUCUUGUUUACCGGAAUAUACGGGUAGUCCGCCAAAUUGUAAACCAGAAUGUACCGUAACGUCAGAAUGUCCGAAAAAUAGAGCUUGUUUGAAUCUAAAAUGUAUCGAUCCUUGCCCAGAAGCUUGCGGUCUCAAUACCGUGUGUAACGUUUUCUCGCACAGUCCAAUCUGUAGUUGUCAAAAUGGUUAUACGGGCGAUCCUUUCACCAGAUGCUAUCAGAUACCACCUCCUCCUCCGGAUAUAAUACCAAUCGAAAACCCAUGCGUACCAUCUCCUUGUGGGCCUAAUAGUCAAUGUCGCGACGUAGGAGGCACGGCGUCUUGUUCCUGUCUGGAAAAUUAUAUAGGAUUACCACCUAAUUGCAUACCAGAAUGUACCAUAAAUUCUGAUUGCUCUAAAAAUUUAGCGUGUAUCCAAUUGAAAUGCAGAGAUCCGUGUUUAGGAGCUUGCGGAUCCGGUGCUAUAUGUAACGUAGUUAAUCAUGUACCGAUAUGUCUAUGUCCUGAAGGAUAUACAGGAGAUCCAUUCAGUUACUGCCAACUAAAACCGCCAGUAGUAGAACCAGUCGAGAAAGAUUCUUGCAAUCCAUCUCCUUGCGGACCUAACGCGCGAUGCGAUGAUGGUAUAUGUACUUGUUUACCGGAAUAUCAUGGAGAUCCUUAUAGGGAAUGUAGACCGGAAUGUGUUUUGAAUACGGAUUGCGCCAGGACUUUAGCUUGUAUUAAUAACAAAUGUAAAGAUCCUUGUAUAGGAACAUGCGGACAGAAUGCUCAAUGUUACGUAUAUAAUCACAUACCGAGUUGUACGUGCAAUGAAGGGUAUCGCGGAGAUGCUUUUAUCUCUUGUCAACGAAUACCAGAUGAAUUACCAAAGCAGUUAUGCAACCCUACACCUUGUGGUCCAAAUAGUCAAUGUAGGGAGAUAAACGGACAAGCUGUAUGCUCUUGCGUACCAGGAUACAUAGGUUCACCUCCAACGUGCCGACCCGAAUGUAUCUCUAGCUCGGAAUGCGCUCUAAAUCAAGCUUGCGUCAACCAGAAAUGUAUCGAUCCUUGUCCCGGUACCUGCGGUCUUAACACAAACUGCCAAGUAGUCAACCAUAAUCCGAUUUGCGUUUGCUUACCGAGAUUUAGUGGAGAUCCAUUCACUAGGUGUUUACCUAUAAAAGAAGAACCAGUAGAAAAGCCGGAACCUUGCCAACCGUCACCUUGCGGUCCCAAUUCGCAAUGUAGAGAAAUAAACGGCGCACCGUCUUGUUCUUGUUUACCCGAAUUUAUUGGUACGCCUCCGAACUGCAAACCGGAAUGUAUCAGCAAUUCGGAAUGUGCGAAUAAUUUGGCGUGUAUAAAUCAGAAAUGCAAAAACCCUUGCCCGGGAAUAUGCGGCGAAAACGCCGAAUGUAAAGUUAUAAGUCACACUCCGAAUUGUGUAUGUUUGCAAAAUUACGUCGGUAAUCCGUUUGUUCGUUGUGACACACCGCCCCCUAAAAUGGAAGAAAUUCACCCCUGCUUCCCUUCGCCGUGCGGCGCUAACGCCGUUUGCAAAGAACUAAACGGCGCCGGAUCGUGUACCUGUUUGCCUGAAUAUAUAGGCAAUCCUUACGAAGUAUGCAGACCGGAAUGUUCGAUAAACUCGGAUUGUCCUUACAACAAAGCUUGUAUAAGAAACAAAUGUAUAGAUCCUUGUCCUGGUACUUGCGGUCAAAACUCGCAAUGUCAAGUUGUAAAUCAUCUACCUUCAUGUAACUGUUUGUCCGGUUAUACCGGAGAUCCGUACGUCUUCUGUAACGUAAUUCGCGAAGUUGAACCUAUUGAAACAAAUCCGUGCACUCCAUCACCAUGCGGACCAAACAGUCAAUGCAGAGAAGUUAAUAAACAAGCAGUAUGUUCUUGUCUACCGAAUUAUAUAGGUAGUCCACCAGGUUGUAGACCAGAAUGUACAGUAAGCUCCGAAUGUCCACAAAACAGAGCGUGUGUCAAUCAAAAAUGCCUAGAUCCAUGUCCGGGAACAUGCGGUUUGAAUACCAAAUGUAACGUAGUGAAUCACAGUCCUAUCUGUAGUUGUAUCAACGGCAAUACGGGCGAUCCUUUCACUAGAUGUUAUCCUUUACCACCUAUAGAACCCGUAGAAACUCGUCAGCCUUGCGAGCCAUCUCCAUGCGGUCCGCAUUCUAUUUGUCAAGAAAUAAACGGAUCGCCAUCUUGUUCGUGCGUUUCGGGUUAUAUAGGAAGCCCGCCAAAUUGUAGACCAGAAUGUACUAUCAAUUCUGAAUGUUCCAGUAAUCUAGCAUGUAUUAACGAAAAGUGUAGAGAUCCGUGUCCGGGUUCUUGUGGUAUAAACGCAAACUGCGCAGUCAUAAACCACGUACCAAUUUGUACAUGCUUCGAAGGAUUUAUCGGUGAUCCUUUCAUAAGAUGUAAUCAAAAGAUAGUUUUACCAGAAGAAAAGCCGAAUCCUUGCAAUCCUUCUCCGUGUGGACCUAACGCUGAUUGUAAUAAUGGUAUCUGUACUUGCAUACCCGAAUACCGCGGAGAUCCUUAUCAAGGAUGUAGACCAGAAUGUGUAUUAAAUAAUGAUUGUUCCAAAGAUAAGGCUUGUAUAAGAAAUAAAUGUGCUGAUCCUUGUCCGGGUACUUGUGGUCAAAAUGCCAAAUGUACCGUUGUUAAUCACAUACCAUCAUGUUACUGCGAAGAAGAUCGAACAGGAAACGCUUUCUUAUCCUGCUCGCUUAUUCCAGCUCCAAUACCAAAGAAUCCUUGUAAUCCUACACCUUGUGGUCCAAAUAGUCAAUGUAGAGAAAUUAACGGACAAGCUGUAUGCUCUUGCGUGCCAGGAUUCGUAGGCUCGCCACCAACGUGCCGACCCGAAUGUAUCACUAGCUCGGAAUGCGCACUAAAUCAAGCUUGCGUCAACCAGAAAUGUAUCGAUCCUUGUCCCGGUACCUGCGGUCUUAACACAAACUGCCAAGUAGUCAACCAUAAUCCGAUUUGCGUUUGCUUACCGAGAUUUAGUGGAGAUCCAUUCACUAGGUGUUUACCUAUAAAAGAAGAACCAGUAGAAAAGCCGGAACCUUGCCAACCGUCACCUUGCGGUCCCAAUUCGCAAUGUAGAGAAAUAAACGGCGCACCGUCUUGUUCUUGUUUACCUAAUUACAUCGGCUCGGCACCAAACUGUAGACCUGAAUGUGUUAUAAAUACAGAUUGUCCCACUAAUUUGGCUUGCGUCAAUCAAAAAUGUACAGAUCCAUGUCCGGGUGUUUGCGGAACGAACGCAGGAUGUAGAGUCAACUUGCAUACGCCGAAUUGUAUGUGCCUGCCAGGUUUUUCAGGAAAUCCAUUCGUACAAUGCGACAUCUUCAAACCGCCAUCAUUCGAGCAAAUUAAUCCUUGCGUCCCAUCACCGUGUGGUUCUAACGCUAUAUGCAAAGAAAGAAACAACGCUGGAUCUUGUGUAUGCGCACAAGGUUAUAUAGGGAACCCGUACGAAGGCUGUAGACCGGAAUGUUCAGUAAAUUCGGAUUGUCCUUCGAAUAAAGCCUGCAUCAACAAUAAAUGCAGGGACCCUUGUCCAGGAACGUGCGGUCAAAAUGCCGAUUGCCGGGUUAUUAACCAUUUACCAUCUUGUAGUUGUAUUUCAGGUUAUACUGGAGAUCCGUUUAGAUAUUGUAGCGUCAUUCGGAUUGUUGAACCGGAACCACCUCAAAGUCCUUGUCUACCAUCCCCGUGUGGACCGAAUAGUCAAUGUCAAGAUCGAAACGGUUCGCCUAUAUGUUCAUGUUUACCAAACUACAUCGGAAGUCCACCGGAUUGUAGACCUGAAUGUACUAUCAGUUCUGAAUGUUCUCUAGAUAAAGCUUGUAUAAAUCAAAAAUGCGUAGAUCCUUGUCCCGGAACUUGCGGUAUCAACGCUCAAUGUAAAGUUGUGAACCACAAUCCCAUAUGUACAUGCAACAACGAUAAUACCGGUGAUCCUUUCACAAGAUGUUACCCGAAUCCAGCGCCUCCAGCGGAAAUACCUAAACCUGUCAAUCCAUGUAUCCCAUCACCUUGCGGUUUAAACAGUCAAUGUAGAGAUUUAGGCGGUCAGGCAUUGUGUUCUUGUUUACCAGAUUAUUUCGGAACACCACCAAAUUGUAAACCCGAAUGUAUAGUCAAUUCUGAAUGUUCAAGCGACAGAGCUUGUAUAAAUCAAAAAUGUAAAGAUCCGUGUCCGGGUUCUUGCGGCAUAAGCGCUGUUUGUGAGGUUAGAAACCACAAUGCUAUUUGUAUUUGUCCUCCGGGGUAUACAGGAGACGCCUUCACCUCAUGUUCCCCUAUACCACCACCAAUACCUGAACGAAAAGACCCUUGCUACCCUAACCCAUGCGGACCUAACGCACAAUGUACUGAUGGUAUUUGCAAAUGUUAUAGUGAAUACCAAGGUGAUCCCUAUGUCGAAUGUAGACCGGAAUGUUUAAUAAAUCAAGAUUGUCCACGUGAAAAAUCUUGUAUAAAUAGAAAAUGUAAAGAUCCUUGUCCGGGAACGUGUGGACAAAACGCCGAAUGUACAGUAUUCAAUCAUUACCCUUCGUGUACAUGUCUCCCAGGGUAUUCGGGAGAUGCUUUCGUUAUUUGUAAUAAAAUAGAGAAACCGCCACCGACGAACCCUUGCUACCCUUCACCUUGCGGACCCAACAGUCAAUGUAGGAACCUUAACGAUCAAGCGAUCUGCUCAUGCGUCCCAGGUUAUUUAGGUACACCGCCGUCUUGUCGACCAGAAUGCGUUAGUAGCUCAGAAUGCUCCCUAAAUCGAGCUUGUAUAAAUCAGAAAUGCGUAGAUCCUUGCCCGGGUACUUGCGGUAUCGACGCCUUAUGUCAAGUCGUUAACCAUAACGCUAUUUGUACGUGUCCCGAAAAAUAUAGCGGCGAUCCGUUUAUUAGAUGUCAAAUUAAAAUAGGUAUGUCGAUUUAUAACAAAAUUGAAAUAAAACACAAUAUAUUAAUCCCUACUUUGAUCAUAGAACAACCCGCCGAGGUCGAAAACCCAUGUCAACGAAACCCUUGUGGCUUAUACGCUCAAUGUGAACCUACUCCAACAGGUACAGCUAAAUGUACAUGUCUAGCCAAUUAUAUAGGCUCUCCACCGAACUGUCGCCCAGAAUGUCAAAGUAACAGCGAUUGCGCUAAAGAUUUAGCGUGUAUCAACCUCAAAUGUAAAGAUCCUUGCGCCGGAUCCUGCGGAUUAAACGCUAAAUGUCUCGUAGUGAACCACAUCCCCAAUUGCUUGUGUAUAGAUAAAUAUGUAGGAGAUCCUUUCACUAUGUGUCAUCCACAACCUGUUACACCCGCACCGAUACCAGAAAAUCCAUGCUCGCCUUCACCGUGCGGACCGAACGCUCAAUGCCGCAUCCAAUCGAACUACGCGGUAUGCGAAUGCUUACCGGAAUACCGCGGUAAUCCGUACGAGCUUUGCAAACCGGAAUGUUUAUCCAACGCUGAUUGUACCAUGAAUAGAGCGUGCAUAAAAAAUAAAUGCGUGGAUCCUUGUCCUGGUACGUGUGGUGUUGGAGCCGAAUGCUCGACAACAAACCAUUUCCCAGUAUGUUCCUGUCCUGAAGGGUAUACAGGAGAUGCUUUCACUUUAUGCAGACUUCUUCCAGAACCGGCACCUAGGAAUCCAUGUAAUCCAUCCCCUUGCGGUAUCAACACUGCCUGUCGCGUAUCCGGCCAAAACGCCGUAUGCGAAUGCCUUCCUGGCUUCUUCGGAACACCAACAGCAGGAGGUUGUAAACCGGAAUGUACAAUCAGUGCUGAUUGUGACAGAAAUAAGGCAUGUUUGAAUCAAAAAUGCGUAGAUCCAUGUAGGGGUACUUGCGGAUUCGCCGCCAUUUGCAACGUCAUCAACCACAGUCCUGUUUGUAGUUGCCCGACCCCAUUGAUAGGCGAUCCGUUUACGUUAUGCACAGAACCGCCUAAAGAUAAAGUCGAAGAUCCGUGCAACCCAUCGCCUUGCAACCUAAACGGAGAAUGCAGGGUUGUAAAUGGAGCAGCUCUUUGUAUAUAUCCCGAAUGUAUAAUCAACCAGGAUUGUCCGAGAGAUAGGGCGUGUUAUUCACAAAAAUGCAGAGAUCCUUGCCAAGGAGCUUGUGGACUCAACGCAUUAUGCCAAGUCGUUAAUCACAGAGCUAUUUGCUCGUGUCCACCCGGACAUAUAGGUUCGCCGGAAGUACAAUGUCUGAUUGAAGAGGAACCUCAACCUAAAGUAGAAUGUACUAGAGAUUCAGAUUGUACUAACGACAAGGCUUGCUUAAACAACAGAUGUAUGAGUCCUUGUACUACCAGUCUUUGCGGUCAAAACGCCGAAUGCAGAGUUCAACUACAUAGAGCUAUUUGUACCUGCAGAGACGGUUUUACUGGUAACGCCCAACAAGCUUGCUUCGAAAUAGGAUGUAGAGCCGAUUCAGAAUGUCCGCCGACAUUAGCUUGCGUAAACAAAGAAUGCGUCGAUCCUUGUUCAUUUACUUCUUGCGGACUAAACGCAAUUUGUAAAGGCGAUUAUAAUCACAAAGCUCGAUGCUAUUGUCCCAACAACUUCAGAGGAGAUCCCUUUGUGAGAUGCGAAAGACCGGAAUGUACAACUGACGACGAAUGUCCUUACAACUUGGCAUGUAGAAGCGAAAGAUGUUACGAUCCUUGCAACUGCGGAAAAGGAGCUGUUUGUAGAACAACUAAUCACAGACCUCAAUGUUCUUGCCCACCCGGUUACGUCGGAAAUCCCCUAGUCGGUUGCGAUGUAGAGCCCGAAGUACAACCUGAAUGUAGACAAGAUGCUGAUUGUCCAAAGACAUUGGCUUGCUUCAAUGGAGUAUGUAAGAACCCUUGCUUCGAAACGAAUCCUUGCGGAAAGAACACUCAAUGUUUGGUAAUCGAUAGUUUACCAUUGAGGACAAUGUCUUGUAUGUGUCUACCUGGAUUUGUCGGUGACGCUGAUACAGAAUGUAAACGAGAGCCAAAACCGGAGCCUGGUUGUAGAAGCAGCAGCGAAUGUCCAGCAACUGACGCAUGCAUCAAUCGGCAAUGCGUAAACCCUUGCGCGGUCAGUAAUCCUUGCGCACCUAACGCCCAAUGUACGCCUAUAGAUCACAAAGCUGUCUGCAAAUGUCCUAACGAUCUUAUUGGAAAUCCAUUCGUGAAAUGUUAUACGCAGCCGCAGACUAAACCCGAAUGUCAAACCGAUUCGGAAUGUUCCAACGACAAAUCUUGUAUCAAUCAAAAAUGUCAAAAUCCUUGCGAACUGGCUAACCCUUGUAGCGCUCAGGCCGAAUGCAGAACUAGUUUCCAUAGGCCGACGUGUUCGUGUCCACUUGGCUGGUUAGGCAAUCCACAAAUAGCAUGCUACAAACCGGAAUGUACUUCCCAUCAAGACUGUCCUUACGACAAAGCUUGCAUCCACGAAAUUUGUCAAAACCCAUGUUCAUCAUUGUCAUGCGGAAACGGCGCAGAGUGCAUCGUCGAGCGCCAUAUUGCACAAUGUCGAUGUCCUUUAGGAACGCAGGGUAAUCCAUUAAUAUCCUGCAUCACCGGUAUAUGUCAUUACAACGAAGACUGCGCCGACCACGAAGCGUGCGACAGAUUAAACAGAGUAUGCCGACCCGUAUGUGACGAAGACACUUGCGCAGACAACGCGCAAUGCGUCGGACAAAGACACGAACCAAAAUGUAGUUGCCCUGCCGGUACUACCGGUAAUCCUUUCAUCAAAUGCGUUGGUCUACUACCGCCGGAACCGGCGUGUACUUCUGAUUCAGAGUGUCAACCUCAAACUGCUUGCGUCAACAGCCGCUGUAUGAAUCCUUGUAAAACGGAAAACGUAUGUAGCGCCGAUCAAGAAUGUCUGGUACUAGACACUCUUCCUUUAAGAACGAUAAUGUGUCAAUGUCCACCGGAUACUAUAGUUGAUUCUACAGGACGAUGUGUUAAAUUGAUUUCACAGAAACCAGAAUGCGUGAUAGAUUCCGAAUGCAGAGACAGCGACAAAUGUAUCGGCGGUAUCUGUAUAGAAGCGUGCAGAGUUGAUAAUUGCGGAGUCAAUGCACUUUGCACUUCCACUAAUCACCAAGCGAUUUGUACAUGUUCUCCUGGAUACACAGGAAACCCGCAUUACGAAUGCGCGAACGUGCCUAAACAUCCAAUAGCCGUACCAGAACCGGAAUGUUAUCGGGAUAGCGACUGUACUCUCGACAGAACUUGUAAAAACGAACGAUGUAUAAAUCCUUGUAUAGUCGAAAAUCCUUGCGCCAGAACUGCAUUCUGUUCAGUGAGGUACCAUCGAGCUGAAUGUAAAUGCCCAGAAAACUACGAAGGAAAUCCAUUAGUUGACUGUAUAGCACCGCUUGGACCGACUGUGGGAUGUACAUCAAACUCUGACUGUUCUCGAAGCGAAUCUUGCAUCAAUCGCAUCUGCGCAAGUCCGUGCAACUGUGGUCCAAACGCGGAAUGUAAAGUAAUAAACCAUUAUCCGACAUGUUAUUGUAAACCAGGAUUUUCCGGUAACCCUCAAUCAGGAUGCGUCAAAUUAGGUUGUCAAUCAGAUAACGAAUGCUCCAACGAUAAACAAUGUUACAACGGACAGUGCAUCAAUCCUUGCAUACUAGGAAAUCCUUGCGCCAAAAAUGCCGAAUGUUAUGGUAAAAAUCACAGAGCGACUUGCAAAUGUCUGUCAGGAUUUGAAGGAAACCCGUUAAUUAGAUGCGAGAGGAUAGAGUGUUACGUAGAUAAUGAUUGUCCGAAUAAUAGAGCUUGUAUGGAACAACGUUGUGUAGAUCCGUGUUCGUCUAUCGUGGAACCACCUUGUGCCCAAAACGCCAUUUGUCACGUCACCAACCAUCUAGCAGGAUGCUACUGCCCUCCAAAUCUACCAGAAGGCAAUCCCUUAUCGUAUUGCAUACCAAGACAAGACAAAAAAGAACCGCAAUGUCAGUACGACAAAGACUGUCCGAGUAAAUUAGCUUGUAUACGAAACGAAUGUGUCAAUCCAUGCGAAAUUUUAUCUCCAUGUCAUCCGUCAGCCCAAUGCAGCGUUUCUGACACCGUUCCAGUGAGAACAAUGUUAUGUAGUUGUCCUGAGGGAUGGGUACCGAACGAAAACGGCGAAUGUCACCCUGUACUUGUACCAAUACCUCCUGGUUGUACCAGCGACAGCGACUGCUCAGAUGAAGAAGCUUGUAUCAACAGAUUAUGUACUACCCCUUGCGAUUGUGGUGCAAACGCCGAUUGCAGAGUGCAAAACCACAGAGCUAUUUGUUCGUGCAAAGAAGGUUUCGAAGGGAAUCCUAAUCUUGUAUGUCGCGCGGUAGGAUGUAGAGUCGAUUCCGAAUGCGCAUCUGGGAAAGCUUGUAUCAAUGGAAACUGCAUCAAUCCAUGUCUAGUAAAAGAUAAUUGUGGAAUCAAUGCCGAAUGUUUCGUUUAUCAAAAUAGAGCCGAAUGUAGAUGUGCUUCGGGCUAUAGAGGUAAUCCACUAGAACGGUGUACGGUCAUAGGUUGUCUUUCAAAUAGCGAUUGUCCUAACGAAAGACAAUGUAUAAACGCCCAAUGCAUCAAUCCAUGCAUAUACGAUAAUCCGUGCUCGCCAAGAGCCGAAUGCAGCGUCCAUAACCAUCUCGCAGUUUGUAGAUGUCCACCAGGUCUAGUCGGUAAUCCUUACUUUGAUUGUAUACCGGAGCCUCAACCGGAAUGUAAGGAAGAUUCAGAUUGCCCGUCUCGAUUGGCUUGCCUGAACAACAAAUGUCAAGAUCCGUGCGCCGUUUUGGAACCAUGUAAACGGCCGGCCGAAUGUCAAGUAAUAGGAACCGUCCCCGUUCGUACGAUGAUUUGUGUUUGUCCGCCUGGUUAUAUAAGCAGCGGCAGUGGUACUUGUAACCUCGUCAUAGAGGGAGCUUGUGCCAGCGACAGCGACUGCCCAUCGAACAAAGCUUGCUUUAAUGGUAUUUGCAAGGAACCAUGUAAUUGCGGACCUAACGCGGAAUGUAGAAUCAAAAAUCACAAACCAAUUUGUACAUGCGAAGAAGGUUUCGAUGGAAAUCCGGAGUUGGGAUGUCACAAGGUAGGCUGUAGAGCCGACAGCGAGUGUUCUCCACAACACACCUGCAUCAACAAGAAAUGUAUACCAGUAUGCGCUGCAGAUGGUUCAUCGUGUGGAGACAAAGCAAUAUGCUACGGCUACAACCACCGCGCCGUAUGCGACUGUCCACCAGGUCUACAGGGUAAUCCGAGAAUAUCUUGUAGCGUCGUCGGUUGUAGAACAGAUACGGAUUGUCCCACGAAUCGCGCUUGUAUAAACAACAAAUGCGAAUUACCGUGCGCCGUAGCCAAUCCGUGCGAUUCUCAAUCUUUGUCUGAAUGUAAAGUUUAUAAUCACGUUGUAGAAUGUAUUUGCCCACCUGGAACGAUUAGCGAUGGAAAGAUGGGUUGUAUUAGAAGAGAGGAGAAAUGUAGAGUCGAUUCUGAUUGUCCUACGCAAUUCGCUUGUAUCGGAUUUGAAUGUGUUAACCCUUGUAACGCUACAGAACCUUGCGGCAUCAACGCCGAUUGUACCGUGCUAGAUACGAGACCGGUUAGAACGAUGGUAUGCAUCUGUUUACCUGGUUAUCAAGGAAAUGCCGCUGUACGAUGUAAUCCAGUUGCGGUAUGUAGAGAAGACAAAGGCUACGUACAAACACCCGACGGUCGUUGCGAGUGUGCUCCAAAUCUAGCACUCAACGAAAACUACGAAUGCGUUCCUUGUCCGACCGAUAAAGGUCUCAAAGUUAACGAGCGUGGUCAUUGCGUCUGCGCUUUAGAAAAAGGACUUAUUAUAGACGAGCGUGGUAAUUGCGUCUGUCCGUUAGAACUCGGUUAUCAUUUCGAUAAAACAGGAAACUGUGUACCGGACGCUGGACCGAAUUGCGAAACUGACGACGAUUGCCCCGAUCACAAAUACUGCAAUCAAAUAACGAAAACGUGCGAAGACGCUUGUAGAUUGACGCAUUGCGGGGUAAACGCUUUCUGUAAUGCCACAAAUCACGUUGGAAAAUGUCAAUGUAUAACUGGAUAUACGGGCGAUGCCGAAAUAAUGUGCAAUCAAACUUCUGUCAUCAAAUUCUUUAAGAAACCAGAUCUCACCGUCAAUUGUCUAUCCGAUGGUAUUCAAGUGGAAAUCAGUCUUACCGAACUGGACUUUGAUGGGGUCUUGUACGUUAAAGGUCACAGUAAGGACGAGAAAUGCCGAAGGGUUGUUACUAAUGAAACGGGAGAACGUAUCGAAUAUUUCAAAGUACAUUUCGGUGAAUGUGGACUCAUACAUCUCAACGGUGAAGCAAGUUUCGUUUUGGUGAUACAGAAACAUCUAAAAUUGGUGACCUACAAAGCUCAAGCUUAUCAUAUCAAGUGCGUUUAUCACACGGGCGAGCAAAACGUCACUUUAGGAUUCAAUGUUUCCAUGUUAACUACAGCCGGAACUAUCGCCAAUACAGGUCCACCACCGACGUGUCUAAUGAAGAUAGUAACACCUACAGGAGAAGAAAUUAACGCCGCCGAAAUCGGUGAUAAUCUAAUGCUUCAAGUUGAGGUGCAACCCGGUUCGAUAUACGGAGGUUUUGCUAGAAGUUGUGUUGCUAAAACUAUGGAGGAUUCAAUAGAAAACGAAUAUAUCGUUACCGAUGAAAACGGUUGCGCUACCGAUCCAACGAUAUUUGGAGAAUGGGAUUAUAAUCCGGAUACGCAGAGUUUAUUGGCUAGUUUUAACGCUUUCAAGUUCCCUAGUAGCGAUAAUAUCAGAUUCCAAUGUAAUAUUAGGGUGUGCUUUGGAAAAUGUCAACCGGUCAAUUGUCGAGGUUAUAACGCGUUUGGAAGAAGAAAGAGAUCAACUGAUAACGAAGAAAACGAUACUGAUUUAGCCGCAAGUGGAGAUCUUUUAUCCGGGCAGCUUAGAGAAGAAGUAACCAUACAAUCUAACGCCAUAUUAACAUUAGAAAGACGGGAAGAGAAAUAUCCCGAUCCACAAACCGCUGCAAAUGCUCAAAGAGCGGAAGAUAUUUGCGUCUCUAUGAUAGGUUUCAUCAUUGCCUUGAUCAUCACUGCCCUGCUGGCCUUGGUUGCUGUAGCCGUUGCUGUGUCUUGUUGGUUGAUGGCUUAUCGUCGCAGGCCUAAAUCGACAGGACCACUACCACAUCCGCCAGAAUUUCCGAAUCCACUAUUCACAACACCGGAACCAAUGGCAGAACCAAGCCCAGACUACCUCACAUAAGGAAAUAAUACUACUAAAAAAUAUAUAAAAUACUCGAAAUCGUCCGUUAUUGUAAAUUUGGUUCGUAAUAGACAGAUUACUUCUUGAAUCCGUCCAAAAUGCUACUCAUAGAAAUACUGCCGAAAAAGAAGUGCUUCUAUUACGAACGAAAAUAGCGAAUAUUAAAUAAACUUUGGGAACGUGUACCUACAACAUUAACUGCCAUUCAAACAUUCGUACAAAUCUCUAUUUUAUCGACGGAGUUUUGACGUUGUUGACAGAAGGAGAUAUUACGAGCAGUAGUUACACGUUCCCGACUAUCUUUUCCAUAGGCUGCAAGUAACCAGUGUUUUUAUACAGACAAGGGAAAAAUUGGGUGGUGGUUUUUAACGCUUUAAUAAAAAAAAUCUCGAACUACAAUAUAUAAGGCCCUCGCUUUUUUAUGUACAUGCAUUUUUCUCGUUUUCUCUUUGUUUUUAAGUCUGUUGUAUAUAUGUGUUGUAUUUUCUCUUCGACAGCCUUUGGAAGAUGUAGAGAUUUACUUUAGUUUAAGAAUAUAAAUAAAAUAAUUCUUAUGAGUCUGUAUAAAGUGUAUGAAUGCGGAAAAGUAUGGGGAGAAGAAUCUCCUGAAAGUAUAAUGGUGCUGACUGAUUAUUAUUUUUUAUAUAUUUGAAGCAGUCAAAGAUUUAGUCAAUCAAUUUUUUAGUUCAUAAGUUGAGAGUUUCGUUUUAACCACGUAUCGAAAUAAAAUAAAAUUGAAUAGUGUUUAUUUUUGACAACGAUUCUCCGUCACUUGAAAUCUUUUUUAUUAUUAUUAUUAUAUGCUAUUUAACUAAUUUCAUUUUUUAUUUAUAUUUUGUGUCCCUUCUUUUGUAAAAUGACGUUCUAACUUCUUUAAAAAAAAAUUGUCAUUUGUGAUAAUCGCUUCUAUAAUAAAAAUGAUUGUUCAAUAUUA